GGUCCGGACCCCGCCCUCGCGCGCCGAAGACCGAACUUUCCCCCACUUCAGGACCUCCACUUCCACCUCCCCUCCCCCCCGCCUCUCCGCAAAACCAACCACUUUCUUUGCUGCACGAUAAGGAGGAUCCGUAGUAGCGCAUGGCGCGCGCCUGCCUCUUCAUCUUCCUCCCCCUCCUCCUCUAAUUGGUAGCGCCCUCCCUUGCCCCCUUCCUCACUGGCCUGUUGGGCUGUCCCUUUCGUUCCAAAGCGCGCCCGGGGGGUGGGAAUAGAACGGGGGGGGGGACGGGACGGGGACUGAGACUUGGUUCAAGUUCUGCCCGCUCAUUGCGCGGAGGCUGCGAGUUGCGCGCGCUUGCUGCCGCCUUCUGUGACUCAACAGGGCGUGGAGACACGGGUGGCGGCGGCGCCCCUUUUUCCCUCCCGAGGCACCGCGCCGGCUCCUCCGGAGGCAUUUGCGCAGCCGCCCUCCCUCCCUCCCUUUUUUUUGGGUCCUCCUCCUUUCACUUUCUCCCUCCCUCUUUCUCUGCCCCCUCCCUCUCCGACGGUGCGCGAGGCGAGCUCCAGCCUCCCAUCCCUCUCGCUCGCCUCCUUUGCGCCCAAGCAGCAGCAGCAGCAGCAGCAGCAGCAGCAGCGAGUGUCUUGCUCCCGUUCCUCAUUGUUCUCGCCCAGAAGCCGAAGCAAGGAGCCAUGGACGACCCCGACCAGUCCCCCUUGGUCUCUUCCACCGCCACCUCGGGGGGAGCCGGAGGGCAGGACCAGUGGAAGCCUCAGCAGCCCCUUUUCCAGUACCAGUUCGUCGCGGAGGACGACGGCGAGCCUGAGGAAGAGGACGAAGACGACGACGACGACGAAGUGGACGACGAGCAGCUGGAAGUGAGGGAGAGGAAGCCCGCCGCCCCGGCCUCUGCCCCGCCUCUGGGCGAGAAGCCCCCGGGCCCCCCGCCUGCCCCCCACCAGCCGGCCUGGACCAGCCACCCGGAGGCGCCCUCUUCCACCACCUCCCCUUUCUCCCCAUCCGCCUCCGACUUCUCCCUGCCUGAGGGGAAGGGCAAGGACCCCCCGCGCAGCGCCCCGCCGCCGCCGCCUCCGCCGCACCGGGAGGAGCCCCGCGCCCCCGCCGUCCCUCCGCGCAGCGCCCCGCUGCCGCCCAAGAGAGACGAGCCCCCCGCCGCCUCAGCUGCCAAGAAGGGCGCCGCCUCAGGCUCGCCUGGUGAGUGCGCGCGCGCGCGCGGGGCAGGGGGAAAGCUGAGGAAGACUUGAGGUGGGGGGGGGGGGCAGGGAAGCUCCGAGGGAGAUUCCCCCGAGGGGAGCUCAGGGGUGUGGCCGAUGGGCUUUGUGGCGAUGGGGGGCCGCGGGAGGAGUUUCCGCGUGGGGGGUGGGCUCAGACUUAUGGGGGGGGGUUGGAAACAGGAGUGGCCUUACAAGGCUGUGGGGAGAGAGUUUCCUGGGGGGGGGGGGGGAGGGAAGGGAAGGGGCAGGCUGGGGAGCCGUGAGGAAAAUGGCGGGGAGGUGGGGUGUGGGGCAUGUUUCCUUUUGGGGGGGAGGUGUCUGUGGCGGCGAUGGCAGCCGUGUCGGGGAGCCAGGAGGGAUCGGGGGUUUCUUUGAGGGGGGGCCUGAGCUGGAGGACUUGUUGAAACGGAAGGCUUGAGGCAAUAACUUGGGGGUGGGGGCGGGCAAGGGACGAACUUGGGGGGCGGGCAUUGCAGGCAAGGGUAGAGAAAGGCGGCGGGAGCUCCUCGAGGGGGAAAGUGGGGAAGGGGCUUAGGAGGCAGGGAUGCGGAGGAAGAGUUGCCGUGGGGAGUUUGGGGGUUCGGGGGGUGAUCGAGGCGCAGCUGGUGGCCAGGGAAGGAGUGAGUGGAUGUUUUGGGGAGCCGGGGGUGUCUGAUUGUGGGGCACAAUGAGAAGAGGGUCCCGGGGGGGGGGGCCGUGGUCAGGAAGAGUGACUGGUUUUUCUGAAGGGAGUGGCCGGUGUGUGUGCAUGUGUGCGCGCGCCCGCGCUACAGAGACUUCUCCGUUGGCGAAGGUGAAUAACUGUCCUAGCCAAAGUGGCCAAAAAUGCGGGGGUUCUUUUUCUCGGGUUGUAAGGUGAUCUGCUGGAAAUGCAACGAGGUGGAUCGGGCUGGCGUGGGGGGUGGGCUCUGCAAUGGAGCAGAUGGGAGUGGCAGGCGCUUUGUGGGGUACACGUGCGCGUGGACGUAGCAGGUCCGGGAAAGGCUUUGCUGCGAAGCGAGCGCGUUACGCAGGCUCUCUCGCCACUUUCCCCUAAAGAAUACUUAGGGGGCCGUAAGCAGCGCUUUGCCAUCUGUCAUGGGAAGAGCUGAGAUCUUCCUUUGUGUCUGGAACCUGUUGUCGACCAGCCUUUUUCCAAAGGCAUUUUGUUUGACGGGGCUCCGAAUGCCAACACUGGAGAGGAGGAGAGGGGGAAAAAAUCUAGGGUGUUACAGGAAUAGUUCCAGCGCAGGGAAGAAUUCUUGUGUGCUGAGAAGGUGGGUGGGGUAACUGCCAUUCCACCCUCCCCCCCCCCCCGUCUUUUCACCUUUGGAGACUUUUCAAUUUCAGUAGCUAUUAAUGCAAGAAGCUGGUUCAACACCCCCCAUGUAAUUCAUGCUCCUCCUCUUUGCUUACUUCCCAUUCCUGGUGCUUUAGUGCCUUGUUCUUUUCUUGAUCUAUAAAAGCCCCCCCCCCCCCGUUUUCAUUCAGGAUUAAGAAGGGGGUUAAGUGGGGGGGGGAGCCCACCCCCAGUCCUUCCCACUGUCUAGCAUAGGCGUUGGAGCUCCGCGUAUCUUUUUGUCGGCAGGCUAACUGAAGCCUCUACAUCCAGCCCGUCUAUUGUCACAGAGAGCCCGCCUUUUCCUUGCACACACUGGAUCUAGAAUAGAUGAGUGAUGGCUCUGGUCCUCCUUACAGCAGGCAGGAUUCAGAAUGAGCACCUCCCUUCCUGUAUAUGGAACCAGCAAACUUGACUCAGCCUCCUGCCACCGCCCAGCAUCCGCCGCACCAGACGGGAGCAUUAUGCAGACUUCUCUCUCUCUCUCUGUCUGCCCCUCUCUCUUUCUCUCUCUCUUGCUUCUUUCAAAGAUUUCUGUGCCUUCAGUCUGGAAAUUCAAGGCGCUUAGCAAAGCCAGUGCACAUUGAAAUGCAGAUAUCUGCCCCUUAGGAACAUGAAAAGGAUUCCUAAAGCAUUUGUUCUUAAGUAGAAACAGAGACUAGAGGAAUGAUAGGGAAUGAUUUGGGCAGGAGAACGUCAGCUCCAGAUUCACACAACACUUUAUGGAGAGACUUACUGGGAGGAUACAAAUGCAAAAAUAAUAUUACAAUUCUUAAAAAAAGAAAGAGUGAGGAUCAUGUGCAUUGUGCAUUUCAUGCUUACAUACUACACUCCCUUUGGUGUCAUUGAUUGUUGUUAAUAUUACAGAAUCAAAAUAAAAUGUUAAAGAAAAGAGAAGCAGCAGCAGCAUAAUAAAUACAGCACUAAAUUCCCACCAAGUUUCAUGCUGUUUUAAGGAUUAGAAAUAAGCAUAAAACAGCUGGAAAUCCAAGUUCUGUAGUAUUUUCCAGCCCCCUUUGUCAUUCUUUGUAGUGCCUUUAAUAAUGCAGAAGCAAAAAUGGAUGCUGCAGAAAUAGUACAGCAUUAGUUUUUAAAGGCAUGUCUGUAGAUGUUCACCUUCUGUGUAUGAGAUGGGUCUUAAAGCCUCUGGAUAUUCUCUGACAGUGCUGUAUUCAGUAGUUCUUGACAGAAGUAUAUGAUAGGAAUCUGCGGUUGAGAAAACAUGGAAAUAGAUGCUCUUUGCCCUUUAGCCAUCCUAGGGCAUAAGUGUAGUGAAAGUACAGUGGUACCUCUGGUUACGUACUUAAUUCGUUCCGGAGGUUCGUUCUUAACCUGAAACUGUUCUUAACCUGAAGACCACUUUAGCUAAUGGGGCCUCUUGCUGCUGCUGCUGCUGCUGCGCUGCCGCCGCUCGAUUUCUGUUCUCAUCCUGAAGCAAAAUUCUUAACCCAAGGUACUAUUUCUGGGUUAGCGGAGUCUGUAACCUGAAGCAUAUGUAACCUGAAGUGUAUGUAACCCGAGGUACCACUGUAGUUUCUCUGCACUUGUGUACUAUGUAUCAAAACAUGUUUAGUGUAUUUAUACCUUGCCUUUCUCCCACGGUGAGAAUCAAGGUGGCUUACAACAUUUAAAAACAACAUUAUAAAAUACAAAGCAAUAAAAACGAACUAGUUAAAAAAAAUUAAAUUACAUCAGAACAUACUUAGCACCAGCAGGGAAAAUACAGUUGCCCUAAAAAGUAGGCCAUUGAUCAGCAUGUCAAUACCUUAGUUUUCAAAGUACUGUCUGAGCAGGAAGGUCUUAGCUUGCUAGCAGAAGGAUGAUAAAGUUGGAGCCAGUCUAACCUCUCUUGGGAGGGAAUUCCACAAUAUGGGAGCCACCACUGAAAAGGCUCUCUCUUAUGUCACAACCAACUGUGCUUCUGAAGUUGAUUGGGUUGAGAGAAGGUGCUCACCUGAGGAUUACAUUGGGAGGGUCAUAUAGGAAGAUGCAAUUGUUCAGGUAGCCUAGGCUGUGCCCAAGAUGCCUGGAAUUACAAGAAAGAGAAUGAUGUAUCAAAACACUCUGAAGCUUAAUAAGGUACAGUCUCAAAGUAGGGCAAAGAGGAGUGAAAGGAAAGACUUCGGUAGAAAGAACAUUGUAUAAGCAUCAGAUCAAUUACAAACAGACUUGAUGUGUUUUAACUACAAACUUGAUGUCCAGAAAUGAGAUACAAAUUAAUAGUUAAGAUAGUUAAAAAUGGCAGCAAAAAAUCCUUGUCUUGUGUUGCAAACGUUUAUAUAGUAGGAAGGGGUGUGUGUGUUUCUGUAGAAGAACUUGGACUUUAUAAUCUGGCCAGGGUGGGAAUUGUCACAAGAAUUCUGUGACUGCUUGGGAGAGUGGCUGGUGGUUUUAUUAUUCCUAAAUGAAAAGUGACUUCUGAAAAAUAGAACGGUUAGAAUUAAAUGGAACCAGAAACUUGCCAAAGUCCUGAAGGGAGAAAACAUUUGUGGAGCUGCUGUCUGAUCUCCAGAGAAUCUUGGGUAUUCAUCCAAGUAUUGACUAGGUGUAUUCUCCUUGUUUAUGGAAUAGAUAGUUAACCUCACUUUGCUACUCUUAUCUAUCACAUAUUUGCUACUGUGCUGUCAAUCUCUGGUUGCACAUUCCUCCCCUCUUUUCCCCAUCAAUAACUGGGUGUCUUUCCUCCUAAUAUUUCUGUCUUACACUUUCCCUUCAUUUUGGAAAAUGCUACUAUUUUCCUUUCUCCCCAGAUUCAAAACAAGGGGUGUUCCGCUUCCUGUAGUUUCAUCAUUUCUAGAACCCAGUGAUUCUUUCAUUUGAUCCCACUGAAAUGUUGGUCUUUUCAUGUGCUGAUUAGGUAGGUCUCCCCAUUUCUGCAGGUGUUCCCUCUCCCCUUUGACAGCAGGUGGGUGUGUCCCAUUUGUGUCUUGCCAUAUGAAACACUACUUGCAUGUUGUAAAGUAACCCAUCAGGGAGAUUACUGUAUCGAAAGCUGUCUCUCCCUGAUAUUCUGGUUUACUACAUACGGAGAGGUUUUGGCAUGUGGGAAAUUAAAAACAUAUAUGUCCCCUCACCAACCACAACUUGCGUUCUGAAGUAACACAGGUCCGGAUUCUGUCAGCUCCCUUCUGCAAAAUGCUUAAUUACACAGUAAUUCUCCAGUAGCACAGGUAUAUAGGGGCAGGUCGAUUGCGUCACGGCCCUUAAAUAAUAGUGUUGAUACAUUUUGGCAUAUUUCUGCAGCUACUUUGUGUAGCACUGGAAAUACUACUUACCGGUAACUUUUAAUACAUCGGUGUAUACAGAAUUGAAUUCUGUGAGCAAAGAAUUUUGAAGGGUUGUUCUCUUUCAGUGGAAUGUUGUUUCAUACUACAGAGAGGUAAGAGUGCUCUGUGUGUGAACAACCAUGCUCACUUGAAAAGUAUUUGCCUGUGUUGGCCAUCCACAUGUCAAGAGCGAUUUUUGAACUUCUCUUCAUGCUGAUUCAUUCAAAUGGAGUGUUUGUGUGGGUAGCCGAGGCUUGCCUGUUAAUGCAGCACAUGGUUGGAUUGUCUCGUGGAGGAGGAGUCUAAUGCACAUGGCUUGACAGCAUGGUUCAGGGCUUUCCACUAGUAACCCCAGCAGAUGAGUACAUUUGAGCUAUCCUAGGGCUUGCCGAUCAGAAGGUCGGUGGUUCGAAUCCCCGCAACGGGGUUAGCUCCUGUUCAGUCCCAAUCCCAGUCUCAGUUCAAACUGCCCACCUAGCAGUUUGAAAGCACGUCAAAGUGCAAUUAGAUAAAUAGGUACUGCUCCGGCGGGAAGGUAAAUGGCGUUUCCAUGCACUGCUCUGGUUCGCCAUGCUUAGUCAUGCUGGUCACAUGACCCGGAAGCUGUCUGUGGACAAACGCCGGCUCCCUCGGCCUAUAGAGUGAGAUGAGCACCUCAACUCCAGAGUUGUUUGUGACUGGACCUAAUGGCCAGGGGUACCUUUACCUUUAUAGCCUUUGAAUUGUUUCUUUGGUUAGAGUUGCUCCACUAAAAGCUGGUGCUGGGAUGCUUAUAACCCAGUGAACAAUCACUAAGAACUGAUAAAGCUCUAACUCUGAGCAUCCUCUAUAGUUAACUGCUAACUCUGACUCACUUCUAAUAGUUUGUUCUCCUGCAGCGGAUUUUUUACUUUGUUAUUAGUAAGAGAGUAAAUGUGGACAUUUAGCACAGGAAUUGCAUUCUGUGUUCUCUGUGCAUAUUAUUUAAAUGCAGGAGUUCAGUUCUAGAGUGUAGAAUCAUAGAAUCAUAGAAUCAUAGAGUUGGAAGAGACCACAAGGGCCAUCGAGUCCAACCCCCUGCCAAGCAGGAAACACCAUCAGAGCACUCCUGACAUAUGGUUGUCAAGCCUCUGCUUAAAGACCUCCAAAGAAGGAGACUCCACCACACUCCUUGGCAGCAAAUUCCACUGUCGAACAGAUUGUGUAGAUUGUGAAGAGCUUGGCUAAAAACUGGCUUGCGGUGGAUAUAAAUGGAAGCAUGCAUUUUCUAACUGAGUGCAUGAAAUCCUGCUCAGUCUUUUGACCUUGGCAUCGUGCUUCCUAGUGUGUAACCAGAUUCUUGUUUAUGAAGAUGCUGCAUCUAGCUAUGACCUUAACUUGUCAAAAACAAGCUCAUAUCCUGCUGUUUGCAAAAAUUAUGCAGUUUCAGCAAAUUUGCAUUAUUAUUAUUAUUUGCCUAAUUUUGCAGUUAGUCUUUUGAAAAACCUGGGAUAUGGCAACGAGCAGUGGAAAUAAUCAGAAGGGAAGAAGUAGGUAGGUGCUAGGACAGGUUGAGGUGAGUUCAUGGCACAGAAGAAGUGGAUAGAGAGAAGUUUUUCUCCCUUUUUCAUAAAUAUAGAGCUUGUGGAAAUUUAGUUGGAAGAUUCAGGACAUAUAAUAGAAAGUACUUCAUGCAGUGCAUAGUUAGCUAAGACUGUCAAUGGCCACUAGCCAGGGUGGCUAUGCUUUUUUUCCUCUAUGGUUGAAGGCAAAAGUGCUUCUAGCUGCUGGAAGCCACAGGAGGGGAGAAUGGUCUUGUGUUUAGGUUCUGCUUUUCAGUUUUCCGCAGGCAUCUGGCUGGCCACAGUGAAAACUCUUGAAUCCAGGAGUGCUAUCUUCCCCAGCCACUUUGAGUCUUCAUCAGAUGCUGACUGCCUACAUGUUCUCAAGCUUGCUUCUGCAGCCAUAGGGCCUAAAAACUCAUUAUUUCAACAUGAAAGCUGGGAUUCCCAAGAUGCUGUCAUCUGCCACAUAGCCAGAUCUUCUAACAGCACAGUACAGUGUUAGAAACUCUAGGUGCCAGAAUGUCUGUUCGCCAGGGGGCUGGACUAGAUGACCCUUGGGAUCCCGUCCAAUGCAACAGUUCUACAAUUUCUAUGAUCUCAGCUACAUUGCUUGAUGGUAGCUUGCUCUUACAACAGAUCACUUGUCCCAGUAUGCAAGAAGGAGAAACACACACACAGUGGAAAUGAUACUUUUAACUCUGGUCGUCAACUUGGCGCCCUGCCAUGUGAUGGCCAGAAUCUUUCUGAUACAGUGCAUAUGGAAGGCUGUAAGUUGCCUAUGGCUCACUUGCAUAAAGCAGCAUGCUCAACACGCAAGCAGGUAGACUUUCAUCGUGGUAUUGGUCGUUAGCAUCACAUUCUCCCAUACCCUUUUGGAGAGGCAAGCCAUUGCCACAGCUGCCUUGCCAAUAUGCUUGUCCAGCUCAGAGUCGAUGGAGAGGUUGCUGGUUAUGGAGGAGCCCAGGUAGACAGGAUUGUCUACCACCUCUAGUGUGUGGUCCCCAGUUCUGAUGUGUGGAGAGCUGGCGACAUCAAAACUCAGGAUGCUGGUCUUCAUCAGGCUGAACUCCCUGCGGUCUUGGGCAAAAUGUUUGAGAUGAGUCUUUGUAGAGCUUCCUCGGAGUGCGUUGUCAAAGCUGUGUCAUCUGCAAACAACAUCUCUUGGAUAAGAACCCGCCACAUUUUUGUACUGGCAUGGAGUUGUGCCAGGUUGAGCAGACCCUAUCAGUCCUUGAAUGGAGAUACAGACUGUUUCCAGUCAAGCUGAAGGCAUAGCAGAGCAACAGGGAGAAGAAUAUGCCAAAGUCAUCAAGCUAAACUAUGGUUUAGCUUGAAAAUGUGCGGCCCCCCCCUAGAAAGGAGAUUGUGGCUACUUUGCUUCUCUGGUCCUGCUGUGAGCUAAGGUUUGCCUUGGUGCAUCCUUGGAACGUGAGUUAGUGGUUUGCCUUGGUUAUAGCUCGUGAUUGACCUGGAGGGAGACUGGUGGCUUGGCUCAACACUACAUGCUGCAAACGAUAUGUUGUACUACAGCUUACAUCAUCCAGCAUGGCUGAUUAUCUGGGAAGAUGGGAGCUGUAGUCUACCACCAACAUCUGGAGAGCAGCAUUUUGGCUUCCCCACCUCUGGUGGAUACAUAGAGAAUGCACAACUUUAGUUAAGGCUUGGUAGGCUUUGCAUGUAAAUGCCUUCUUGAAUUGUAUCACAUUUUUCCUUCUGAACACAAGGACUGCAGUUCCGGUAAGGUUUCACCAUAAAUCCUAUUUCUAUUUACAGUAAUAUUAAAGGAUAACAACUUUAAAGUUUUGGCAGCAGCUCAAGAGUAUGUCACUGGGUAUUUGCAUUGUUCCCAAAUGUUUACCUGAGAAGGUGUGCUGUUGGCAACAUACCUUGAAUACCUGUCAUCCUCUCCACAUACUUUUAGCUCAUCUCAGCUUUCAUAUGCUGUUGGGAUGAAGUCCCUUUUCUCAGUGAAACAAACCCCUGUUAAACCCUCCCUCGUUUUUCCCCUCUGUAAUCCAGAACUUGCUUCUCUCUGCACCACUAUAACACACAAUUAUCCUCCUGGUUUCCCUUCCCCCAAUUCUCACAACUUUUACUGCCUUCUCCCUCUACCUGUAGUCAACUUACCUUCGAAUCUGUUCUUCUCCCCCUUUAUCUAAAGCAUCUAUCCCAUUAUUUCACAUCAAAGACUUUCCAGAGUAGCUUAAAAAGAUCAGAUGUAAGGCACUCCCCUGCCUUCAGGAUUACAAUGUGCUUCUCAUCCUAGGAGUUGCAGUUGGAUCUCUCCCAGUCAGGAGGUUUGUGCCUAGGAGGGUCAGUGCUUAACCCUUCAUGUCCCUUCUGGUUCUUCCUAAAGACCAUAUUUCCACAUGUAGCUUCUCCACUGCUGACCUUCAAGUCUCAGUGCUUGGCCUGAAGGGUGGAUGGGAAUAUGUGCUUAUUUGAAAAAUAAGAAUGCCAAGCAAUUAUUAUUAUUAUUAUUAUUAUUAUUAUUAUUAUUACUGGUUUCCUCAGCCACUCUGGGUGGUUUCCAACAGGAGAUUAAAAACACAUCAAAACAUCAGUCAUUAAAAAACUUCCCUAAACAGGGUUGCCUUCAGAUGUCUUCUAAACGUCAGGUAGUUGUUUAUUCCUUUGACAUCACCAGCUCAAUAUGUACUCAACUUUGAACUUCCACAAGGCUGUCUUGAGUCAAUGCAUCGAUUGGCGUAGAGUCAGACCCUUUUCUGCCACCUGCCAAUCUUCCCUGCACAUGCUCCUUCAAAACACAUCCUUCUCUUUACACUACCACACAUCUCUCCACAUGUAAAUCUUUCAAUUUCUAAAAAUUUAUUCUUUUUCCCUGCAUUUUCGUGUCUCGCUGUGUUCGCUCUUUCUUGGGGAUUCAGCCUUCUCCACUGGUUCUCUUUUCUCUCUCAUUUUCCCUUCCUUCAGUAUAUGGUUUUGCUUGCAUCCCUCUACAAUGCCUUGCUGAGAACACAUGGGGCUUUCUUCCCCUCCCACAGAGCUUUUAUUCCCCAGCCAGUUCACGCAGGCUGAGAGCCUCAGACAGGUGGGCUAGCCACACUGGCAGCCUGCCUGCAACAGCUUAGCAAAAACUGGCACAGACUUCCAACAUGGGCUUCUGAACCCAAGGCGUUGCCCCAUCCCUGCCCAUACUUCCAAUGAGCUUGAGAGAGCCUUACAUUUUCCCAGGCAUAAGUGGGAAACAGUUGCAAACAGUGGGGCCCUGGGAAUUCUUCCAGAGUGCAGCAAAUAAGACAGGGAUUGGGCUGUGACUUCUCUUUUGCAAGUCUGCUUGUAUGGAGACCUCAUGAUUGUCAAGAGCUUAUGUGUUUUCAGUCUGAUAGCUUUGGCAGAGUGUAACUGUUCUGAUAACAUUGUUUCGGAAGACUUCUGCAAAAUGGCUUUUGCCCUUCUCUGUUGUUGCACUGGGCGUAUUUUCUUGUUUAGAAAUGUAUGCAGAUUUGUUGAAGCAAUUUAAUAUUUUUGGAGGUUAUGAUUUGAGUUCAAAAGGUUCAAACGCCAGUAUGUAGGGAACAGAUAUUAUAUCAUUACCUUCUGUUCUCAGCCAAAACAAGCUUGAUUUUAUGAAAGUCUAGUCAUUAUUGAGGGGGAAAGCCAGUUGUAGCUGUACAUACUAAAUGUGUACGGAAGCAGGGAAUGGAAGCAUCUGGGAAGUCAGCAGAUGCAACUGUUGUACAAAUGUCCGUUGUUUAUUUCACUGUUGAAUUUGCAUAAUAGUUGUAAGUUCGUAAUGGCUUUGUAAUAAUGCCAGAAUGGCUGCAAGUAAGUUUUCAGUGGCCUUGUUUUGAUCUGUUUUCUCAUUGUUUUUCAUUCCAGUGCUUGUACUAAUGCUUUUGUAGUCAAAGCUGGACUAGUAUUUAAACCGCUCUGUGGCCAAAGUAUAGAGGCUCCUACUUGCCAUGUUUUGGUACUGUCCUAUGCACCUGACAAGCAGAAGCCUCACAUCUCCUGUUAUAGUGUUCCAGGAAGCCUCACUUCUCCUGUUGGUGCUUCAGGAAGGGGAGGAGUCAAUCCCAGGAAGCUGAGAAGGGUGGUGUGUGGGGGGGUGUUGUGUGCCACUGUUGAUACCUGAUGAUCCAUCCUAAGUGGCAAUCAACUUGAAUUCUAGCUCUUAUCUUUCUAGGAUGGAUGAUUUCUCUUGGCAAAUCACUUAAGAUGGUAUUUAUACCCUUCUUCUUUUGUAAGCAUUUGAAAGCAACUAAAUGAUAAAUGUGAAUCUAAAACAUAUCCUUAAAGGGAUUACUACUUGCAUUCCAUUUUUUAAAAAGCCUUUGACAAUAACUAAAUUACAUUGAUCAAUAAAUUGGGGCCUAGGGGCAAACAGGGCCCCUUCCCAUUAAUCCUAUCUUCUGGGAUACUCUUCUGUGACCUCUGAACCCUUCUCUUUCAUGUAUCAACUUCUUGUGAGUGUGAGGGUUCAGUAUUUCAGUCUUGGAGAACCACUACCAAUAGGAGUUAAUACACCAGUGUGAGAUAGUUACGUUCAUAUGAGACCAGGAGUUAAGAUACUUUGAGCAGGAUUCCUGUUGAUUGUGGAAUCAAGGGUUUUGAGGUGUGUUCCUGUGCAGCAGAACAAAUAAUUCCUGUUUUGCCACCUCGUUGACUUUAGUGCUUCCUCUCCUUAAAGGGGGUGUGUCUUCUCUGAAAUAGUAAAUGGAUGCAUAACUUCAAUAUUAGAGUCUGCAUGCCUACAUUUCAUAUUUGUAUGCCAUUAAGGGACAAUUCUUAAGACAGUUUUGCAUUUACAACUUUAAAUAAGCCAAAAGAAUAGAUAUUAAUGGUAGUGUUGUCUUCUGAUGAUAAGUAGUGGUUGCUACUUUGCAAUUUAAUAACUUGGAAAGGUUUUGAUAACAUGCACAUUUAGAAACGAUCCAUUAAAAAGGCUGAGAUUCCUCCAUUGCGGGGGUGAUACUAUGAUUCUAUGUUUAAAUAAAUAAACAUUUCAAAUGUCUAACAGUCCUCAUCAAUACCAUUUAAUUGUUCUCAUUUCAGCUAUCAGAUCUGCACUAAGGUCAAAUUUUAAUGUGGAAAUCCAUCUCAUAACUCAUUGUCCAAAGUGAUGCUUGUCUAGCUGUGCAUAAAUAAUUAAAAUGUACCAAACGGACUUUAUGGUGCACACUUUCUCAAGCCCUUUUAACAGAUAAUAGGGUAGCAGUAUAAACUGAAAGCAAAAUAUGUUGUACCACUCUCUGCUUGCAUGAGCAGCACUUAUACUCUGCAGCAUUAAUUUUGCAGUAGUAACCUACAAUAUGAAGAAAGCUGUUUUUCAGAUGCCAUGUAGCAAUAAACUUUGCACUCUGCAGCUUCCCACGAAGUUCUUCAGCCAUCCUCUUAAUAAUUCCCUUUACACAAUUUUGAUAACCCAGGGCUUCUUCAGGAGGGAGGCCAGGGUAUAAAUUCAAUAAAUAAUAAUAAUCUGCCCCUUAAAAUUUACUUGGUGUGGGAAAUCAGGCAAUGUAAAAACUUAGAUGAGAUCAUCGCCCACACCAUUUUCUGCAUCUCGUGCAAAUAAAUGCGUGCAUUUAAUAGCGCCUUGGUUUUGCAAUGCACAUCUUUGUUCUCCUCCGCCGGAUCUCUGCUUUGUUGAGUAAGCGUACAGAGGCAAUCUAGCAUUCCUUAAUUCUCGGAUGCUUUACUUGGCAACCUGAGCAGUGCAGUAAUCUGAUCUCUUUGUGCGGCUUAAUACUUUCAAGAAAUCAAAGACCAAAUAAAGAUUGGCUCCAUUUUAUACUUGAUGCUUUGGAAGUAGAAUGUGUACAUAACAGCAGGAGACUAUUUAAGUGUAUGUUGCAAAGCAUCUCUCCCGUUUUGUGUUCUUCAGCAGUUUCAGGGCCAAGAGGGUGUGUGGGUGUGUGGAUGUGUAUGAUGUAACUCCACACAACCCUAAGAAAGUUGGGAAAUGUUAAUCAUGCUGUAUGUUUGAUGUUUUUAGGCCACUGUUUGCUAACGAGGACAAAGCAAUAACAGAAUAAAAAAGUGGACUAAUAAUAAAACUAAAUAGAAAUAUAAUUAUUUUAUUUUAAAACACAAGAGAGAAAAAGCAACUGCAGGAAGCAGAGAAAGACCCACUAAAUGCAGUGGAUAAUAAUAAUAAUAAUAUUGUUGCCAGAAUAGUGAUAAUUGGAUGGCGUUCUAGAGGAAAGAAUUCACCACUGAAAAGUCUUUCUUCCUGCUUGGAAUUAUGGUACUUAUUCGCCAGUAGAGAUUGACUGUAUGGCAGCCAUGCUAUCUAGUAUGGACAAAAUCGGCACCUUGAAUUGGACCCAUAAAAACACUGAAAGCCGGGGCAGAUCUCUUAAAACAAGUUCCGUUCAGUGUGGCAUAACUCUAGGCAGAAGUCUGGCUCCCAUAUUCUGAAAUAACUGAGGCUUCUAAUCAGCCUUCUAGAAGGUAGCCCAGUAUAAUGCAUUAUAUUCAUGUUGGCUUCCUUGGCCACCCAAGGAAUUUUCAGCAAAAACAUGUAGGUGGUAUGCACUAAAAACAGCAAUGGUGAUGCUUUCUGCAGCUGGCACUUGAAAACAGUCCCUUUGGGCAUGCACUUGCGAGGUUUGGGAGAGGCAAACAACAUCCAGCAGGCUUUAUUUAUUUAUUUAUAAAUUUCUAUACCACUUUAUAGGGACGCGGGUGGCGCUGUGGGUUAAACCACAGAGCCUAGGACCUGCUGAUCAGAAGGUCGGCGGUUCGAAUCCCCGCAACGGGGUGAGCUCCUUUUGCUCGGUCUCUGCUCCUGCCAACCUAGCAGUUCGAAAGCACAUCAAAGUGCAAGUAGAUAAAUAGGUACCACUCCGGCAGGAAGGUAAACGGCGUUUCCGUGCGCUGCUCUGGUUCGCCAGAAGCGGCUUAGUCAUGCUGGCCACAUGACCCGGAAGCUGUACGCCGUCCCUCGGCCAAUAAAGCGAGAUGAGCGCCGCAACCCCAGAGUCGUUCACGACUGGACCUAAUGGUCAGGGGUCCCUUUACCUUUAUACCACUUUAUAUUUUUAAAUAAAAAUCUCAACGCGGUUUACAGCAUAUUAAAUAAAUCAAUCAAUGAAACAAUAGCUGGGCGACGUUCCUCCGGCCUCAUGAGGAGCCUCUUCAGUGGGGCUGGUGAGUCUGGGCCUUGCCCCCUAGGCCAGGUGGAAAGGGCUUUGUAGGGAGCGGUCUUCACGCCUCACAGCCGGGCGAUGUUCCUCCGGCCUCAUGACAAACACAACACCAUAUAGUGCAUGAUUCAAGCCAGCCAUUCCCUAUUGUUGAUAGUCAGCUGCUAUGGUGUGCAUUUCUCAGCUUCUGCAUCAUCUUAGAUGUGCACUGGCUUGCUCAUAGUCCUUUAAUCGCUUUCCCACCAAGUUCACAUGUUGCCUCAUUAAGUGAGGCUCUGGCAGAGCUCUCCUGCAGGGGCACAGGUGGCGCCCUUUGCAUAACGCUUUUUUUUUUGCUUCUUGGAUCAGUCAGGAAGGAUAGCUAGUAAUUAUCCUGCCGAUACUAUGCUCUUGAAAUAGUUGAUCACAAGAUGUGAACUGGAGGGCGUAGAAGACUUGGGCGAGGGCUAAUGGUUAAAUCAAAGCUCUUUUGCUCUUUGCUUCAGUGGAAAUAUGUUAGCUCAACCUUAGUACAGGAGUAAGUGAACAUACAUGCACUCUUGAGACUGUUAAGUCAGUGCACUGAUUCUGCCUAUGCUAUUUCAUGAUUUUAUACAACCUGCUUUGCUUUUAUGUAGCAUUUAAAACAGUCCCAAAUAUUAUAUUAAAACAUAUUUUCCUUAUUUCUGCAGUCAAUUAGCAAUAGCUGUCCCCACCCCCGAGAGAUUCAAUUCCUUAACGUACUUAAUGUUCAUAUGUUUAGGGGACGAAAGUGUGGAGGGGGAAGUGUGCUAAAAUUAGGGACUCUUGAUCCUCAUCUUAGGAGAGUAACCGUGUGAAUCACAUCUGCUGGUGUGGAAUUCUGGGUGGAGUUUUAAGUGACCUGUUAAUGACCCACAUUAGCAAAUAAGUGUAGCGGAUGAAACGCCCUGGAAUUUUUUGGCUGGUGGAUCCUGAGUCAAUAUUCCUGGGCGUUCCUAUUUAGUCUUGCAGCUAAGACUGGGGCAAGUGGCCGGGGGUGUGUGGUGGAAUGGGGAGGAGUGUUCCUUAGCAGAAGCUUUUCCACUUUGUGACAAACAGAGUAAUCCUGCAUGCGAAUUCUCUUGUUUCGUUCUUUUUAAAUAUGGGUGUACAAUAUCUGCUAAAAAUAUGAAUGCUGAAUACUCUCUUCUCCCUCUUUCCCUUCUUUGAGCUCAUUUUCCACAUUUAUUUCUGCUGAGGUCAUACUGUAUUUGUUUUUCAGAUGAGACCCUUUUUGCUCUUCCUGUUGCAUCUGACCCUCUGAUGCACUCUUCUGCAGGCAAGUUAUUUCAGCUAGCCUUUUGCAUUAGAGUAUGUCCCCACCCCUCCGUGUCCUUUGCGUUUUCCUUUCCCACUAAUAGUUUCUAGAUGUAUUUACUAAAAAAAAGUUGUCGCAGAUCCAAGAAUACUAAAGUCUUCUAAAUUUGCAAAACAUGUUUUGUUUGUUUCGAAGUGGCUCAAAAUUCAAACUUGGGCAGUUUGUGUUUUGCAGUUAAACUGCAGCUGUCCAUGAAUUCUUGGAACUUUCCCCUAGGAACACCUUGUAGCUACUAUUAACAGAAUAACUAUUAAAGGUGUAGUUGCUUUUGCUGAUGUAGAGUUGGCUCUAAUUGGUUACAAUUAAUGAACUGUUAGCAUUAAUGCAGUUUACCAUACUUGAAAUUGCUUCGUCUUUUCACCUGUCGGGUGUAUGAUGAAGGUAACCCUGCCAAUCUCUUAAUUACCGUAUUUUUUGCUCUAUAAGACUCACCUUUUCCCUCCUAAAAAGUAAGGGGAAAUGUGUGUGUGUCUUACGGAGCGAAUGCAGGCUUCGCAGCUAUCCCAGAAGCCAGAACAGCAAGAGGGAUCGCUGCUUUUGCUGCGCAGCGAUCCCUCUUGUUGUUCUGGUUUCUGAGAUUCAGAAUAUUUCCCCCCUUUGUUUUCCUCCUCCAAAAACUAGGUGCGUCUUAUGGUCUGGUGCAUCUUAUAGAGCGAAAAAUACGGUAUAUAGUUAAGAGACUGGGCUUCAGAUUCUUUGAGUUUUCCUCUUCCUCCUUGUAUUUAUUCCCCAGUUUACUGUUAACAUCCACACUGGCUCUUAACUAUGAUUAAUGCUAAGCAGGAUUCCCCGUGUUACCCGGGCUUGAAGUUGAUUUGCAAAUGCUGGUUUGGAGGGAACCUACUUCGUCUUAAGCAUAGUUGGUGUUAAGUAGGGUUGCGGUGAGUCCUCAGUUCCUAGGACACACCCUCUUUUUCAGGGGUAAGAUUUGAGACAAACUGCAUUCAUUUGCUUUUAAUGGCCGUCGUAGCGUCCUCUUUUCUCUCUCUUCAAAAUAUGGAAACCCUAGUUGAAGACUUGGGAGGGAGAGGAAAUGUAUUACUUAUUGCCUUCUCCUACUCUCUUGGCUAUGGUUAAGAGAACAUCAAUAUUAUUUCUUCACAGGGUUAUUAUUAUUCACUUGCUUUUUUCCAAAAAAAAAAAAAAGAGGGCGUAGGACAAUGAGACCUAUUUCUCAGGCUCGUUCUGCAAAACCUGUGUACUUUGCAUUGCUCUAAGCUCUCCCCUAACCUUAUUGGAUUGCACAACAUUUGCUGCUUCAUUUACAUUUACCCUCUCUUAGCUUUAAUAUUGCAUGCUUUCCCUACUAACCUUUCUAGCUGUAAGCGUUGAGAGCUAGCUACUGUGUUGUUUUUAGGGGGGUGGAUCUUGUCGUUAAAACUUGCCUUAACUUUCAGACCACUUGCACUCUUCGCUAACUUUCCUUUCUGUCCACGGCCACAGACAAAGGUAUGGACUUUCAGGAGCAGCUGGGUCGUGCAUGGCGAGAAGAUUUCGCUGCAGCCCCCCUUGACGCUACCGCUUCUCUUCCCUCUCUCUCUCCUCUCUCAGCCAAUCCUUUUAAAGACUACACAGCCCCCAACGCAAUAUCAGGCGGGCUACCUACAAAGGGCAGUUACGGUCAGGUUGAAAGCCAGGCAUUUACCGCUGCUACCAAAAACGCACGGAACCCUUUCCUUGAAGAUGCUGGUGGUUCAGAAACAAAACCUUCAGCAGCAGUGCCCUCUGACACUGGGACAGGGCUGUUCUUUUCAUCUCAGACCAAGGAACCAUCAGGCACCAAUGAAGUGUUUAAUAUAGAAAAACUAUCUGCACACCAGCAGGACUCUUCUCCAGAAUCUCCUGUCGAGCUAUUUGUGAAGCACGAUUACGAUGCAUCUCUUGAAGACCGAAAGCACGAUGCCGACGAAAAUAUGGCUUUCGUAGACCUUUCUGCAAGGGAUGACUAUGUGGAUUUCAAGCCUUUUGAACCAUCAUGGGCUAGCAAUGAAAGCAGCAGUUUGAAAGAAAUGGCUAGGAGUCAGAUGGAUGGUGUAGGUAAAUAUGACACAGAGGAGGCUCAGACUCUGCCGGUAGAAAAAGACUUUGGAAAAGAGAGCGAGAAGAAGCAUGAAAGCAGCAAUGAAGAUAUUUCUUUCCCCAGCACUCCAGAAGCCGCAAAAGAAUUUUCAGAAGCCUACAUUACUUGUGCCAAGUUUGAAUCCGCUGUGACAGUUGAGGGCAGCACAGCCAAGUCUCUGGUGGAGGAGCAGGCUUCUGAAAAUAAAACAGAUGAGAAAAAGAUAGCAGAGAUGAAGGCGCAUUUUGGAACGGAACCAAGCGUUGCCCACAAUGAGUUGGCAAGUGGCCAGGGCAAGAAUGCUGAAUCUGAUAAAGCCGAGAAUCUGCUGGCGUCUACUGAUGCUCUGGCCAAUAUGCCCGAAGGUCUUACUCCUGACUUAGUGCAAGAAGCAUAUGAGAGCGAACUUCAUGAUGCAGUUAGCCCCAAACUUGCUUACGAAACGAAGAUCGAUUUGGUUCAGGUGUCCGAGUCGUCGCAAGAGCCCUUGAAUGUGGCCGUGCAGCUCUGCCCCUCGUUCGAAGGAGGGUCUGAAACAGCUCCUUCCCCUGUCUUGCCAGAUAUUGUCAUGGAAGCACCGUUGAACGCAAGCGCUGUUGGGGUGGUUGCUCCUGCCGUGCAAACCGAAGCCUCCCCUUCGGAAGCGUUUGCUGGCGAUUACGAGAACGACUACGAGAAUGUAAUGCAGAAGUCUGAGGAGCCGCCCUCGUAUCAGGAGGCAAUGAAUGUACCCGCAAGUCAAGCACAGGAAACCAAGGUUGAUGCUGCCGAUAAAGAACCCGGACAUAAGAAUGGUACAACUGCAGAAGACUUGGAGAAUUCUUAUAUAUCCAUUGCAUGCGACUUAGUUAAAGAAACUAAGGUUUCCAAUGAAUCUGCUUUGCCGGCCGUUGCAGAGAAAUCCAAGGAGGCGAUUUCAGAAUGUGUUUCCCAACCUGUGCCUGAAUAUGCCGAGCCUGACGAGAAAGCACCUGGGAAAAGUGACUUAUUUGGUAGUUGUCAAGAACCUGUUCUUGCUCAGAAAGAGAGGGAAGCUUUGAAAGAGAAAACCACCGCAUCUGCUGCUAAGAUUGUAUCCAAGGAAGUUUGGGAGGAGAAGCAGAAGGAGUUGCCACCUUCCCUUAGCAAACCUUACCUAGAAUCCUUCCAGCCUCAUACUGAACCCCCCAAAAAUGCACCCACUGUUUGGGCUCCAGAAGUAGCGGCUGCAGAUCUGGCAAAGGAGGAGAAGACAUGGAAGGAACUAGAUAUGGAAGAACUACGUACUGGCGCAGGUUAUUUUCCUGUUCCCAAGGAGCUCAAAGUGGGAGACAAAAUUGUGUUGUCUGCAGAAUCCUCUCCAGAGACGGAUGAUUUCCCCACAGUUCCUUAUCAAGCUGCUAAGUCAGUGAUGGAAAAAGAUGUGUCGAAGGAGAUGGAAAGCAGAGAGCCCCGUGAUGUAUUUGAAUCGGAGGCAAGGCAAUCUCCUUACCAAGAGGUGGCCCACGACCUUUCUUUAAAGAAUGUGCAAGUCAAAAAUGAAGAGAAAGGUCCUGCCUUGGGAAAACCCUCCGUGAAACCGGACAGAGAAGUGCCUGAAGCAACGAAGGAGAUCUUGCCCCCAGCUGAUAUUACUCCUUCGCCGGCAGAGAAAAAGUUAGACAGUGUAGGAAAGGGAGCUGAGAGAGGAGCUGCUUCUGUCAAGGAAAAGGAGAAACCUGCCCCUAUGUUUUCAUCAAAGCUGAGUAAGCCUUCAGGUAACCUGCUUUCACUUCCUUUGCAUUUCACUAAUCAAUGUGUUUCUUCAGCAUGCCAUGGCUUGUGUCCCUUUCGAAAAUGUGUGUCUCACGAUCUGGCUGUACAUCUCUCUGGUGGCGUCUGCUCAGAAAGCGGCCGUCUAGAUUUCCUUCCUCUCUGCCUGCUGCCCAGCCCUUCUUCCCAACAUAAUUGCUUGAGGUUGAGAUUUUAUGCUGCACAUAGAAGGAGGUGCUGCUGCUUGCUUCAAAACUGUUGCCUCUGUUGGGUCUUCUGUGUAGAAUUUGUGUAAGGCAGAAGAUGCCUUUGGGUGAUGCUUGCUGAUGGUGCUUCUAAUCUGGAUACUCUAGAUUCCCAAACUUGGGUCUCUAACUUGUCCUGCUAGAUAGGGAUGAUAGGAAUUGUAGCCCCAAAACAGCUGGAGACCCAAGUUUGGGCAACCCUUCUCUAGACACAGUCUAGAGAGUUGAGCCUCGUUUAACCAAUUCACUUCCUGGGAUUAUUGGUGUGCAAUGAUGUCGAAAAGAUAGGAAUUUUUAGGGGAAAGUUUUUGGGAGAAGAUUCAGGUAGGUAGCCGUGUUGGUCUGACACAGUCGAAAUAAAUAAAUAAUUUUUUAAAAAUUGUCCAGUAGCUAUUUUUGGUCAUCUGCAUACGAUCCCUUGCUUUUUCCUUUUGGACUAAUUGCAGUCAUUAACAGUCGUCAACAGGUUUACCAUACCCAUUGAGUCAAUCAUCCAUCUCCUACUACCCUUCUGAGAAAAAACCCACCCCACCCUCCCACUAUAUAUAAGGGUCUGGUGACUUCUGUAUCAGUGUAUCUGAAGAAGUGUGCAUGCACACGAAAGCUUAUACCCAGAACAAACUUAUUUGGUCUCUUAAGGUGCCACUGGACAAUUUUUUAAUUUAUUUUUUGGGAGAAGUGAGGGUUUAUAUUAUAAACCUAUGUUGUGGCUGUAUUUGAAAUACUCUGCACAGUUACCCUGUUUCAAAACGGGUAUCUCAGAACUGGAAAAGAAGAAAAAGGCAACCUAAACGAUUAAAACUGGAGCACUGUAUGAAGAAAGGCUAAAGCCUUUUCUUGUCCUUUUGGAGAAAAGAUGACUGAAAAAGUAUGGUGGAGGUGUGCUGAGGGUGAAUAGAGAUUUUUCUCCUCCUCCCUGUCUAUUAGAAUGCAGAUAAUUAGCUUAAAGAAUUUGCUUCCGUAAGGUGUGGUGAUUGAUGGCUUUCAAAGUGGGGUUGACAAAUUCAUGGAGGAUAAGUCUUCAUCUGCCAGUUAGCUAUACUUCUCCAAUGAAUUCCAGUUAUUGGAUGCAACAGCUAGACAUAGAGGCCACCUGAAUCCAGGAGGGGGUCCUGGUCUACCUUCUCAAUAAAAGUUGCUGAGUUGGAAACAACAAGAAAGGACUGUUGGCUUCAAUGCUGCUUGAGCCGUUGCCCAAGUGUUUGGACACUUGCACACUGAAAGGUUGAUGGAUCAUGGGCGGUGUCUAAGGUUCGGCUAGUCAGCACAACCUACUUGGUACCAUGGGGAAAAAUCACCUGUAUAGAAUUAUCAUAGUUUACCCAGGGUUCGGAUAAACAUGCAGAAUUUUUUAAAAAUUGUGUUGUAUUGAUUUCCAAUUACAAAUGAACUAGAUAGAAGAAAUAAUAGUAUCAACAAUAGCUGCAACAGGUUGGAGUACAAAGCCAUCACAAAAAGGGGAAAAUAGAAGCAAUCCUAGUUGGAGUUCCUUGGAUGUACAGUAGUCAGAUGAAAGUGUGUGGAACUUUCAUCUGACUAUUGUCUGCACCUCAUCCAGAAUGCUGCCGCCAGAAUCAUUCACCUUUCUUGUUGCCCACACCGUAUGAAGCUCCCUUCCUCAGUUGCUUAUCCUGCUUCCCCAACAGCACACACCCUCCUUCAGUUUUACCACUUGGAACAGCCUGAAGACCUCCUGCUCUCUAAAAACACCCUACCUAUUGCUACCCAUUAGGCCCAGAGCUCCCUCGUCUAUCCUCUGUAUGGCUCUCUCCCUUCCUUCAAACCCAGGGGGCGGAGAAUCUCUUUCAGAUGGAGGGACCUCAAUCUCUUCUCUGGGGAACCUUCUGAGGGACAUGGGCCACUGGUGGGCAGCACCAGAGGCAAAAGUGGGGGGCGGGAAGCGAAUUCAAAUGCCAUCUUUGUACAGGAGACUGGUUUCCACACUCCCCUUUCCUCUGAUCUCCAUCCAGACAAGCAAGAGGUAUUGUUAUGAGUUCAAGAGCAUAUUCCAGCCAGGCAGAAACACUUGGGGUAGGACUUAGGGCCAGGGCCUGAAUAUAGAAGUUUGGAGGUUUCCGAGGGCCAUGUAGAGAGGCCUGGAGGGCUGCAUUUGACCCCCAGGCCUAAGGUUUCCCACCCCUGCUUUAAACCAGGGAUAGAGCGCAUGUGGAGUUCCAGAUGUUGCACUCCAAUUCCCAUAGUCUCGGGCCAUUGUUGGCUGGGGUUAAUGGGCACUGGAGUCCAAUUGCGUAGUGAAGGCCACAGGUCCCAACAUCUGGAUGGCUUUAAACCUUUUCUAUGACACCUUUUCCUGGGUUAUUACCCAACUGAAACAACUUUUGCCCAAAGCGCUAGACUUCCCUGUUACUCUUGCUCACCCAUCCCUCCUUUUUAGAAUCUCACUUCCUUCGAUGCAUCUUUCGCAGGCCCUUUGGAGCAGAAACCUGCCUUCUGUUUUUAGCUUUGUAAGUACCAAAUAAAUUGACGGUACCGUGUAAGUUAGUAACAAUCUUUCCUGCCACGGGCCAGAAUGAAACUGGUAUGGCUGAGUCUUGAAGGAAGUUCACAGUCCACCCGGAACAUCUCUUGAUGAUGCUCUGCUGAACUAAGAGGAAAAGGGGGAAGAGCUUAUUCUUGGUGAUUAUCAUACUCCAGUGCCCUCUUAUUCUACAUCAUACCCGUAUCCCCCGUUUUGAUUCUGAGUUAGACAGGAAGCGUCAGGAGUUGACGCUAAGGAAAAUUGGGGACAAAAAGGGACAGCCACCAGAAAAUCCCAAGAAUCUGUGUUGAGGUGAUAAGGAAACUUUCGGAUGUUCUUGUUCAGCAGGACCUGGAGCCUAGCAACAGAAAUUGUUGCUUUGCGGGGGCAGCCAGGGAACCGUGUCUGGGCAGAAUCUUUCCCCCUGCCCGUCCUGUUGGGUCUCCUACCUCUCAUUGUUGUUGCGCAGAAUUGUUUGCCACAUUCCAGUUGUGUGUGACUUUCCACUUCAGGACACUGUGCCCCUUGUUGAAAGAUUCCUGUGAAUUAUGCAUAAGCCUCUGACUCAGCGGAAAAACUGCUUCUGGCACAGAGCAGAGCCAUUCUUUAGCCUUGAUGUGGGAUACCUCUGAGUUGCCUAUUGUGAUGUCCCUUUCAGUGCUUCAUUUCUCUGCUUAUGGUUUAAAAGCAAAGGCUUAAUUCUGUGCAAAGGUGUCUGCCUCAUACCACUGUUUUGUGCCUUCCCUGUGCUACACUUGAAGACCUGGGUCCUGAAUUAGACAUACCUUUUCAGAAUUUCCUUUCUAAAGGUUUUUGUGUGCUAGCUUCCCAAGCAGACCCUGUUAAUCUAUAGUACAGCAACAGCAAUAAUUUUUGCAUCACUUCUGAAAUGCCUGCUGUGUUAGAAAUCUGAAAUUUGCAGCAGUCCUUCUCAGUACAGCAGUUCUGAUUUUAUAGAUAUUGGUUGAUAUAAAAUCUUGGCAAUGCCUUAAGUGGAGCCAUUGAAAGCAAUAAACCUACUUCAAGUAAGAGUAGCAUUUGACAUAGGGAUGUGGGUGGCGCUGUGGUCUAAACCACUGAGCCUCUUGGGCUUGCCAAUCAGAAGGUUGGCGGUUCGAAUGCCCACGACGGAGUGAGCUCCUGUUGCUCUGUCCCAGCUUCUGCCAACCUAGCAGUUCGAAAGCACACCAGUGCAAGUAGAUAAAUAGAUACUGUUGCAGCGGGAAGGUAAACGGCAUUUCCAUGCGCUCUGGUUUCUGUCACGGUGUCCUGUUGUGCCAGAAGCUGUUUAGUCAUGCUGGUCACAUGACUCAGAAAGCUGUCUGCGGACAAACACUGGCUCCCUCAGCCUGAAAUGAGAUGAGUGCUACAUCCCAUAGUCACCUUUGACUGGACUUAACCAUCUAGAGGACCUUUACCUUUACCUAACAUUCGAUACCACAUAAAUAUUUUAACUAGGGCACAAUUUUUGUAUUUAAUAGCAUCAGCCAAAGGCAAGCAUAGAAUAAUAUGAAUGUGUUAUGCACAGUAAAUGAAUUGAGUGAUACCUUAAAAUUAAUCAGAUCAGUCAAACCGCAGUAAGUUUUAUAAAUGGUUGUAUUUGGUAGUCGAUAACUCUCCAUUUUGCUGAUGCUGAUGGAGAAGUGAUACAUUAAAAAGCUUGAAAUAUAAAGAAUACAAAAAGACCCCACUGCUCUGACAUUUUAAGUUCUAAUAUACAUUUUUAAGGAUAAAUGACCAAAUUGGUAAAGGGGUGAGCUGGGCUGGCACUCACCUCUAUGCCACUUCUAAACUGUGUGUUCCACAGCUAUGGUUUCUUCCCCUUAAUCUGCCUGCUGCGCUACCAGCUUUUAAAAAUAGAAAACACUUCUCUUGCUCUCCAUUUGAACUCUGUCAGUUGUUUAUUAUGUAUAACGUGUUUAAAAAACAGACAGGUAUUGUGCUGAUGCUGCCAACAACAAACAGAGCAGAAGGCAGUUGAAAAGGAAGCCUUUGUUUUCCUUAGCUCUUUUUGACUGAAGUUGAAGGUUGUGGCAAACAUUUAACAGCAGUUAUGUUGCUGCUGAGAAAGUAUGAAAACAAAAACCACCUUUUCGCUUUGAAAUGGUGGUAUAGGCAUGGAAAGAACUGCCUCUUGUUAUAAAAGGCAUGGAAAAUCUGACCCAGAAACGACUUUGUAAUCAAUGCGCAUGGUCCCAGCUGAAGAUAGGUAAGCUAAAGUAACAAUGAAGAAGUAAAUUGAAACUCAAGAGCUAAGUAAAGUGAAACUUCAGUGGAGUUGUAAGUGAACGUUCUCUGGAUUGCAUCUACUAGCAUGACUUUCCACUACCUUCGCAUCCACUAACAUGGCCUUGUAGUCCAAAACAUCUGGAAGACCUCAGCUUGAUGAAGGCUGCGCUAGCAGUUAAGAGACACCCUAAUUAAGUUUUAAGAAAAUGUAAAAGGUAAAGGGACCCCUGACCAUUAGGUCCGGUCGUGACCGACUCUGGGGUUGCGGCGCUCAUCUCGCUUUACUGGCCGAGGGAGCCGGCCUACAGCUUCCGGGUCAUGUGGCCAGCAUGACUAAGCCGCUUCUGGUGAACCAGAGCAACGCAUGGAAACGCCGUUUACCUUCCCGCCGGAGCAGUACCUAUUUAUCUACUUGCACUUUGACGUGCUUUCGAACUGCUAGGUUGGCAGGAGCUGGGACCGAGCAAUGGGAGCUCACCCCGUCGCGGGGAUUCGAACCGCUGACCUUCUGAUCGGCAAGUCCUAGGCUCUGUGGUUUAACCCACAGCGCUACCCGCGUCCCUAAGAAAAUGUAGGGUUGGAAUAAAUACUGGAGUGUGGGACCAUAAGUCAGUGGUGGAACACAUGGUUUGCAUGUGGGAAGACACAGGUUCAACCCCUGUCAUCUACAGUACAGUUCAAAAAUGGAUUUGGUAGCAGAUGGUGGGAAAGACUUCUCUGCCUGAAAUCGUGGAGAGCUGUUGUCAAGCCAAGCCAGAUGGACAAACAUGAUAUAAAGCAGUUUCCUCUGUUCUUGAUUGUCACACUGGCCAAACAAUUCUGAUGAGAAGAGGUGAAUUUAAAACCAUCCCUGCCAUACCAGGUAUUGGAAGUACAUUUCGUAAGCUCUCUUUUAUCAGACAUUGUUCUCUAAUGCAGACAUGGAAUACAUCUGCACUGGUCCACAAACCAGCAGAGGUCAGAUGCUGAGCUUUCUUCCUUUUGCUUUUUUAAAUGUUUCUAGCUGCUGUAGAAUUAAAGUUACAAAGCAAAAUGUGCAGGCACUGUUUAACAAUUACUUGGUGAAAUAUGGACCUGCUCCCACCUUUCAUUGCUUCUAACCAAUGUGUGAAGUCAGAGAUGUGAUUGACAAUGACUACAGAGAACUUUAGAGUCAUACAACUUCAGUAGAAGACCCUCAAAAUGAGCCAGGAAGUAUCAUCUUCAGACAACUGAAAAGGGGCUUCCAGGUUUAUUUGAAAGUUAUUUUUGAGUCUUCUUUGGUGCAUGUUUCGCUUUGGUUUUUCUAUGUAGAUUCAGACAGUGGAGACGGUACAGUUUGGUUCAUUUUGAAUCUGAUUUUUACCCCUUUCCUGGGAAAGAAGUGAUAGUUGCCCAGAGAAAAUAUCGAGAAACCCAAUAUUUUAGUAUACCUAUGACUGUACAAUAGCAUAUCUGAAGGGUUUUAUUAGAUAGGUGAGGGAAAUUAAUUAACUAUAUUUUAUCCACCUACAGACCCACGUGUGUGGGUUAGGAGACAAAAAGUUUACUUCUUGUGUUUUAAAAGCAUGGGCCUGAACAAAGUUCGAAUCCCAUCUUAUGCAGUUCAAUUGAAAGCAUAAAUAUUAGCUAUUAGGCUAAUUAAAAGUAAAUGCAGGUAAAAUACUUGUGUUUACAGCAAAAACAGCUUCAGGUAUGUACCUGAUGCUGGAGCGAUGAGAGGCAUGUCUUUCUGUGAUAUGACCAUGUAAAAAAAUGGUUUUUUUUGGGGGGGGGCAAGGGAUGGGGUUGGGGACCCCCAGGAUUCCUUGACUGGGAAACACUGAUGUAAAUGCAUAACUGGAGGGGGUGGUUGGGUAUUGUGAUUGAGAAAACAUGGGUUCUACCAGUGCUACUGCUGAGGCACUGGGAAAUAUAAACCCUAUAGUGCAGUCCAGUAUUGCUGUCCAGUUUCUUGGAUGGAAUUUUUAAAAGUGAAAUUUGGUGACAGGUUCUAGAAUUAAUAAUAAUAAAAUUAUUAUUAUUAUUAUUAUUAUUAUUAUUAUUAUUAUUAUUAUUUAUACAUACCCUGCCCUCCCUGGCCAGAGCCGGGCUCAGGGUGGCUAACACCAGUGAAAUUACAGGUUAAAAUACAAUUUAAAAUGCAGCCUCAUUUUAAAAGUAGCCCAUAGAUCAAAACCAUAAGAGGGAUGGGGAUUAAUAUCCUGCCUGAGGGGAAAAAAUAAGGGGAUUCUAGUGGGUGGGUCUGCUGCUGCUGCUGGUGGUGGUGGUAUAAACGCUAAAAAGGAAAGGUACUCAUAUCAAAGACUCAAAUCCUUUUUUUUUUUUGCUGGAAAAGAAAAUAGUGACUGUUGACUUCAGCUGAUAACAUUGUUGUCGUUGCUGCCAGGUAUAGAUAGUAAAUAGCUGCAACAAAAGUACACUGCUUGUUUUUCUCUAACAAUUUAAAUAUUGAAUUUAUUCAAACAUGGGCAUCUUGACCCUUGGUUGCUGUCAAUCUUAAAUCUUUUUUGACCCCUCCUCCACUGCAUUUGAAAUGCCACGCCUGGUCUUGCACUAAAUGCAGUAUCGCCAGCCUGUGGUCAGUUGAUCAAAGAGCUACAGUAACAUAACUGGUUUACAACUCAUAAAAUGUUUUGAGUUCUUCACAUGGUGGAGGGCAGCAGAGUUCUUGUGUUCAACAGCUGUGAUGCUGGCAGAAUUUCCACAGGUUAAGCCUUUUCUUGUACGGCAAUAUAAAUUAUGAGGAAAGCUCCUGCUGUCAUUAUCCCUGUUAGACAUUUUAUUUCUUGCACUGUUUUAUUUUGGGAACUAUUAACCCCCCAUGCAAAAUAAUAUAAAUUGGAUAUAAUACAAAGUACUAUAUACAUAUUUUAUACACUUCUGUGUCCUCUUUUGCAAGAGGGCAGAAGGCCCAAUCCACAUGCAGCAAACUGGGCUCUGAAAACACAAAGCAUACAUUUUCCCCACUGCUCAGAAGAAUGCUUCUCUGCUGAACAAGGCAGGCUACAGUUUAAUAAACUAGUUAUAAAAGCAAUAAUGCGUAGGUCUGGAAUUGCUUUGCAUUGGCAGCGUUCAGAGAAUUAGCAACCCCCUACACCACUUUCUGUUAUGGCUGUGAUAAAAAAUAGACACUUCCAUCUCUGUUUAUAAUAACUGCAGUUUAUUGUAAACCGUGCUGAAAGAUUAGUGUAAUGUAAACUCUGCUACAAUUAGUGAAAGCAACCCUGCUCCUUCCCAACCUAUGGAUUGCAGUCGGCUUGUUUCCACUAACUAUGGUUAAAAUAAAGCGGUGUUUGUGCAGGUUCACACAGAACAGCAAGCUGUUGCCUUGUGAAUUUAUGUUAAAUUGUAGUUCAGGGUUGCAUCCAAGCCAGCCCUUUUGUUUUAGCCCAGUUAUUCAUCUAGCAUAGUUGCUUAUUUGUCAUGACUAGGCAUUGUCACUUCUCAAGGACUCUCAGACACGAGGUGUUUAUACCAGCCCUUCCAUGGGAGAACCCUUAACCAGAGAUCAAAUCUCCCUGCCUUAUUAACAUUGGACAGGCAUUGCUAUAGUACAUACUAUACUAAGACAGCUAUUGCUAUACUGUCUUAGAUGCAAGCUGAAACCAUUUUCCCCCCGGCAAACAUGUUCAGAUACAUACUUACCUCUAGCAUAGUAUGGUUUUAUCUGUGCAUCUUUGACGAUAGUUUUAUGUUUUACAUACACUUCAGAGAUUUUUCCAUUGUUGAUUUCUAAAUGUUUCUCAAUUAAUAAAUAAUGCUUAGCCGUAAAGUAUAGUUUAUUAAGCCAUGAGCGUUCCUCAUUUGCUUCUGCCUUCCAUUAGCAGCUAAACAAAGCAGACUGCUAGCUUAAGUGUGAUCUCCAAGCCCAGGAUUGUGGUUUUGUUUCACCUAAACAAAUCAUGAUUGCUAAGCCAACAACAUGCCAUGAAUGCAUUCACUAGUCAACACAUUUUUUAAAAACACAGUUAAAACUAACCAGAGAUUCGGAGAACAGCAGUAAAGCACUCUCUCCACAGCUCAUCAGUGUUCCUUAAACAUUCCAGCGUAUUAAGUCAGUCAGUAGACACCUGUCACUCACUCACAAGGUUAGAAGUACAGCAACCCUCUUCACUGAGGCUACAAAGAAAUGGUUGGGGAAUAAUAAUAAUAAUAAUAAUAAUAAUAAUAAUAAUUUAUUAUUUAUACCCCGCCCAUCUGGCUGGGUUCAAAGCGGUAAGGCAAUAAGAGACCUGGGUUCAAAUCACCCAAUCAGCUGUGAAGCCCAUCAAGUGAAUUAUGGGGAGGGGUCCAUUUUACAAACCGCCUGCCUGCCUUACAAGGGUGAUCGUUGAGGAUGAAAGAGUGCCAUAUUUAGUAUCAAAUUUAAUAAAUGAUAAUACACAAAUUUAAUAAAUAAUACAGUGGUACCUCGGGUUACAAACACGUUGGGUUACAGACUCCACUAACCUGGAAGUAGUACCUCGGGUUAAGAACUUUACCUCAGGAUGGGAACAGAAAUCGCGCGGCAGUAGCGGGAGGCCCCAUUAGCUAAAGUGGUACCUCAGGUUAAGAAUGGACCUCCGGAACGAAUUAAGUUCGUAACCAGAGGUACCACUGUAAGACAUUCUACAGCUUUUAAAAUGUGUUUGUGGAAAUGGGUUAUUGGUUUUUGUUUUGUUAUGUGUAUUGAAUUUUUCUGUUGCGAACAGCCCUGGAAUCUUCAGCUGAAGGGCGGUAUACAAAGCUAAUAAAUAAUAAUAAUAUAAUAAUACCGUAUAUGCACCACCUCAAGUCCUUUGGGAUACAAAAAAUCUUGACCCAAGGUUUCACUAACUCCAAAAUAGCAAUAUAGGGAUGACCCCUCUUUUAUCAGCCAGCAAUCUGCAUUCAAAAGCACAGCUGAUGUGAACUGAGAUGUUUCGUUUAUCGGAGCUGAUAUUUAGUGAUUGCUUUGUCUUUUGAAUAAUAAAAAAAAUGUUUAUCUAAUCUUUGCUCUUCCCCCCCAGAGCUUAACUACAUUUGUGGGCCAUCAAUCUGUCUCGUGGUACUGAAUUUCUAGGUUAAUUAAUAAUCCGACUGAUUAUCCAGCUGUAGUAUUUAUGCUUUCCACAGUGCAUAAGUGGCUUUCUGACCUUUUUGAAAAGGGAAAGGGAGGCUGCUUGUCUUCAGAACGAUUUCUGGUUGAAAACAGCAGUCAGCUGUGUUUUUCUUCCUCACACCAAAAAUGUCAGCCGCUUAAGCACAUUCCCUUUCAGUCCCAAUGUAUAAUUUAGGCCCUGCCUAAUUAAUAUUUGAAGGAGUGUCUCAAGUAGGUUCCAGAAAGAAAAGCAUUAAUAUAUGCAUUAGGAAGGCUGCUUUUCUAAAGGAGGCUCAUGUGUUUGCCCCAUGAAAACCCCAGCCGUGAAUUAUGGGCUGCAUCCAGCACAAUGUCAUACUCUGACCCAUUGACACCAAUGGAUGUAAGUUAAUUUCGCCAGUUGAUUUCAGUGGGUUUACUCGUGAGUUUGACUUCUUUGACUACAACCCGAAUUUACUUUGCCUGAACUUUGUCAAUUUGUCUUCUUAUUUUUAAGUGGAUAUGGACAUGUGAAUCUUAUAGAACUGUGUUUUUGAAGGUACGGAGGUAUGAAGCUAGCUGGAGAGGAUUGCUCUCAGAGCUAGAGAACAGUUAUGGGUAAAGGGAACAUAGCUGGAGAAUACAAGGAGAAAGGCAGGAAACUAUACCAGAUAUAAAUAUUCUGUCUCUAAAAGGUUGGAGGAUUUUGUAGGUGCUGCUUGCUUACUUUCAAUUAUAUCCACAACCACAGCUAGAACUUGAAAAAUCUGUAGAUAGUGUGUGUUUCUGUGACAGGUAUAUUCUAUAUGGAAUUCCACAGAAUGUGGAACUACAGAAAACAUGCCACCAUUUUAAAAACGUAUUUCUCCAAACCAAUGCAUUACUUUGCAAACUGGGCUGCAACAGCCGUAAACUCUGAACAGCAAGCCCACCUUGCCAAUGCAAUGGUUGCUGGAGCACAGCAAUAUCUGCAGGGACUCGGAUUAACCAACCCCUUUCCUAAGAUUUAAAAGACCCUGGUUGAAUAAAAAAAAGCCUUGACUUGAUGGGGAAAAGACCAUAAAGGAAGCACCAGGCAUGGUUCUGAGGUGCCACAACCGAAAAGGCCUUCUCUGUUGUGAUCACCAGCCUCGUUUCACGUGAUGGCAAGGGGCCUUAAAAGAGGAUCUUCAUGUCCAGGUUGAUAGAAGAUGUGAUAUAUUUUAGGGAACCCAGUUUCAAUUCUUAAGAGUCCCAAAUUCCCUUUCUUGUGUUGAGCUUUAGCCUCAGUCCAGAAGACAUAGUAAUUGUAGGGUGAUCCUAGAGGUGGCUGGGGUGGGUUUAGAAAUGAGAAAACUCCAUUUUCCAGCUUUGAGAUUCUGAAAUAGGCAUAGGAGUAUUUGAAGGAGCAUGACAUUGUUCUCUCCAACUCCCUUCCCAGCCCUACUGAAGGGCUGGUGAUGUCUGAGUCAACUUGUAAUCAUUCUUCCACUGCAACUCAUCUGUCGAAUGUCCAUGCUUACUCAAAUGCACACUCUGCAGGAGACUAUUCUUCCCACACCAUCGUCUGCUGGUCACUGUUCUUCUGCUCCCUUCCCUAAUGAUCCUGGACUUCUCAACAAGGAAGAGGGAUCUGUGUCCUACUUCUGUAACAAUUUGCUGCAAUAAACGUUGCUCGUACAUUGCAUUUUCCUCUGGUGGAGCUUGGAGUUCAAUAUAUUGAGUUUCUAUCCUGUCUAGCUUUUCCUGUAACUAAGCAAUUGCAAGUCAAUGCCUGUGGCAAGUAGGGCCUUAUUGUUGGUGGUCCCCAGAUUGUUUUCCUGCACCAGAAAUCUGCAUGUUGACCUUCCUUGUUCAUUUAUUAAAGGCCAGCGAAAGCACUUUGCUAUUUUAUUUGUUUGGAUUUAUACCCUGCCUUUCACCCAUGGAACUCAAAAGUAUCCCACAUAGAUUUCCAAGUUCCCAUCUAGGUACUAACCCAGAGCAGCUCAUCUUUAGCAAGGUAGGUGAAUUAUGGACUUUCCGUGUACUGAGGCUGUAUUUUUUUAGCAGGCAUUUCUGCUGCAAGGGUUAACGUACAAGCACCUGUUGUAGGGUUAUAUUGCCCGAUAAUGAGUUUUGAUUGCUUCAUUUGGAAAUAGUUUUUAUUAUUUGUUGUUGUUUAGUCGUGUCUGACUCUUUGUGACCCCAUGGACCAGAGCACGCCAGGCACUCCUGUCUUCCACUGCCUCCCGCAGUUUGGUCAAACUCAUGCUGGUAGCUUCGAGAACACUGUCCAACCAUCUCGUCCUCUGUCGUCCCCUUCUCCUUGUGCCCCCAUUCUUUGCCAACAUCUGGGUCUUUUCCAGUGAGUCUUCUCUUCUCAUGAGGUGGCCAAAGUAUUGGUGCUGGAGGAGACUCUUGAGAGUCCCAUGGAAUGCAAGAAGAUCAAACCUCUCCAUUCUUAAGGAAAUCAGCCCUGAGUGCUCACUGGAAAGAAAGAUCCUGAAGCUGAGGCUCCAAUACUUUGGCCGCCUCAUGAGAAGAGAAGUUUUUAUUAUGUUGCACCCUAAUUGAAGCUCAUGUGUAAAAGAGGCCUGCUCCUUCUUUGAUACCUUUCGCCGGAAAUCUGAAAUACUCAUGGUCAUGGCUGAUCUUUUUGCAUAAAAUUUAAAAAAACUUUCGUUGGAGCUUCUCUGCUUGGUAGUCAAUAGGUAAUUCUUAAUCACCCCCAAAAAGUACCGAUUUACAAGCCUGCCUCACUUCUGUAAUGUCGUUCAUAAAAAAGCGGCUUUGCUGAUUCUGCACCAGUAAUGCUGUUCCCCUGCCAAGAGCUUGCUUUUACUGUAUUUGAAAAGACAAAUGUAUCCACAAGAGCUGUCUUAAUGCAGUUUGUAUCUUGAGAAUAUUCCCAAGACUGAAAGCAGAGCACUGCAGCCACCUAGUGUUUGCAAAGCGAAAAAGUUCUCUCCGCAAUUGUAUUUUACACUUGGAAAAGUUUGACAGCUAUGAAGUGUUGUUAUUUCUGAAGCCUUCCCCUAAAUGGCUUUUUAUUUUACUCAUUUAUCACAGGAUUUAUAUGCUGUUUGAUGGCUCCCAAGUCCUCUUCUGGAGUUUUUUAUUUUAUUUUAAAUACUAGAGUUAAGCAUCUUAGUCAAUUCCCAUUGUGAUAUUUGGACAACUAGCAAAUAAGAGGAUAUGUUUUAAGGCAGGGGAAGCCAGUGUGAUGCCUUCCAGAUGGCUAAUGGUCAAGCAUGAUGGAAGUUGUUGUCCAGCAAUAUCAGGAGUGCACCAAAUUGGCUACCCCCAUUUUAAGACAUCUUUGACACUUUUGCACAUGGCAUACGAUGGUGGCAGCUGUAUCUUAGAUGAGUGGUGUUCAUUCUGUCCUGGAUAGCUCUACAACCACUUGGUCCUGAGCAGUGCCGGCCCACCCAUGAGGCAAGGUGAGACAACUGCCUCGGGCAGCAGAAUCAGCAGCUCUUGUUCCUGAUGUAGAUCUUCACUCCCCACUUCUUCCUUUGGGGGAUGCCAUUUUGUGGUUGGCCUCAGGUGCCAAAAUGUCUUGGGCCAGCCCUGGUCCUGAGGCAAUUUUUAACAGCUAAGAAACCCCAUCAGGGAAAGAAUAACCCACAGAGAUGUUUGUUGUUGUUUAGUUGUGUCCGACUCUUCAUGACCCCAUGGACCAGAGCACGCCAGGCCCUCCUGUCUUCCACUGCCUCCCGCAGUUUGGUCAAACUCAUGCUGGUAGCUUCGAGAACACUGUCCAACCAUCUCAUCCUCUGUCUUCCCCUUCUCCUUGUGCCCUCCAUCUUUCCCGACAUCAGGGUCUUUUCCAGGGAGUCUUCUCUUCUCAUGAGGUGGACAAAGUACUGGAGCCUCAGCUUCACGGUCUGUCCUUCCAGUGAGCACUCAGGGCUAAUUUCCUUCAGAAUAGAGAGGUUUGAUCUUCUUGCAGUCCAUGGGACUCUCAAGAGUCUCCUCCAGCAACGUAAUUCAAAAGCAUCAGUUCUUCGGCGAUCAGCCUUCUUUAUGGUCCAGCUCUCACUUCCAUACAUCACUACUGGAAAAACCAUAGCUUUAACUAUACGGACCUGCUUUUAAUUGGCCAAUCCCCCAAGACUCCCUGGAAAAGACCCUGAUGUUGGGAAAGAUUGAGGGCACAAGGAGAAGGGGACGACAGAGGACGAGAUGGUUGGACAGUGUUCUCGAAGCUACCAGCAUGAGUUUGAUCAAACUGCGGGAGGCAGUGGAAGACAGGAGUGCCUGGCGUGCUCUGGUCCAUGGGGUCACGAAGAGUCGGAAACGACUAAACAACAACAACAUGGUAGUAUAGCCACAUCUGGGAAUAUACUGGCCCCACUAGUCCCAAAGAACCAUAGUUUCUGUCCUCUCCAUUCUGAAUUUUGCAAGCAUCCAAAGAACUGAGUGGAUGAUUAGAAAAUCAGUCAUAAAGGUAGAGUUUUUCAAACUUUGUUAAGUUAUGCAGUUAACAUGGACUCUAGGUUUUCACAUGUUGGCAAGUAGAACCCACCAAAGAUGCAUCUGGGGACAAGGCUUUUACACCAGUGUAGGGAUCAUUUGUGUGCACAUGCUUUUUCAUCUCUGCAUUCAUAGAAUCUUAAAGUUGGAAGGGACCCUGAGGGUCAUCUAGUUCAACCUCUCCUUACGCCUUGGUUCAUUGCCUGUCUUCUCCUCUUCCUUGCUCAAGCCCCCCACCCUUGGGCGAAAGAUUAUCCUGCCUUCCAGAGGGUUGGGCUAGAUGACCCUAGUGGGACCUUCCAACUCUGCAAUUCUAUGAAGAAUUCUGGAAACCUGGUAAGCCAUGAAUAUUGCAAAAAAUGGGGGAAAACCCCCAAACCAACCCCCCAACCAAAUUAAGGCAACAUAAAAAAAAUUACUGCUGAAUAUUGCAUGGUUCUGCACAAGUGUUAAGGCAAAUUUCUAUUUUUGUGCUGCUCGUAGCAUCUACAACCCUUGUAAAUUCUAGUUUGAGGAUAGGGUUGAAAAUGUAUAGUAUUCAAUCCCUGAUACAUGGUUGUGGGUGCAGGACCCAACUAGCUAUGGCAUGCAACUUCAAUACAGUAGAUGCUCAGGUUGCGAACGUGAUCCGUGCGGGAUGCAUGUUUGCAACCCGCAGCGUUCACAACCCGUGUCCGCGCAUGCACCGGUUGCGAUUCGGUGCUUCUGCACAUGCGCAAAGCACGAUUUAGCGCUUCUGCGCAUGCACAACCACCGGAACCCAGAAGUAACCCGUUCCGGUACUUCCGGGUUUCGGUGGUCUGCAACCCAAAAAGACGCAACCUGAAGCGGCUGUAACACGAGGUAUGACUGUAUUCUUGUUAGCUCCUUCCCUUUUCUCUAGCUGAGUAAAAUGUGAAUCUGCCUAGGUCUGUAACCUGUGCAAAACCUCUACUUUUUCUUGGCACAAGUAAGUGCUGAGCUUUGCCAUUAGUCACACUUCCAGGCUUUUCUCUGCAGCAGCCGCGAGGACUAGACGCUUGCCCUCCAGUUCCAAAUCACUGCACUGUACUUGGGAACCUGCCCACACUGCUGGCGCAGUGCCGUGCACUGCUGCAGCACUGGCGUGGCUUUGCUGGCAUGGCUUCCGGUAUAUCCCAACUCUAGAUAUUGAACCAGGAAAUUCAUGGUGUCAGUUCAGAUAAAUGCUGGUGGGGCUGGAUUUUAAAACAAAGCAAACAAAAAGCCCUGCGUAUUGCAAGCACAAAUUGAGGAUUGGCUGGCGUGCUCUGCAAAUCCUUCCAAACUGCGUGGAGUGGUGGCAAGCCAAAUUGUGGUCUGUACUUUUAAGAAGGAGCAGCAGGCUGACCAGAUGCACGGUUCUACCUUAAAAAAAGGUGGCUGGCUUAGGUACACAGCAGCCAAAAAUUCGGCUCCCUGCAAUUUUAGCAUCAACAUAGUCAAAAGUACUUAAAAAAAUAAAAAUAGAACCUGGCAAUUGAUCCAUGCCAUACGCCAGUUAGCAAUCAAGUGUCUGUAAAAUACCUGCAAAGGCUGAAAGCUGAUGCAGCGUAAGAAUAGUUUACAGUGGAGCAAGUCCCCCAGUGUAUAUUUCACCUCUGUCCUGAACUCACUCGAUGGGCUUCGACCAAGUGUGGGGAACCCUUGGCCCGCCAGAUAUGACUGAAUUGCAACUCCCAUCAUCUCUAGCCUUCAACCAUGCUUGCUAAGGCUGAAGGGAAGCUGUAGUUCAGGAACAUCUGCAGGGUCAAAGGCUCACCACACUUGGCUUAGGCUAAUUGCUGCAGGGCCCACCUUACAGGGAGGUGGUGACUAUGGUUAAGUAUUUUGAAUACUUGAAAUGCUGUACAUAGAUGUACAGUGGUACCCCUGGUUGCGAACGGGAUCUGUUCCGGAGCCCCCGUUCGCAACCUGAGCAGAACGCAACCCGCAUCUCUGUGUGCGUGGGUUGUGAUUUGCCGCUUGACGUCAUUUUGAGCGCAUGCACGAGUGGCGAAACCCAGAAGUAACCCGUUUCGUUACUUCCGGGUCGCCGUGGGACGCAACCUGAGAACGCUCAACCUGAAGCGUCUUUAACCCGAGGUAUGACUGUACAGUGGUACCUUGGGUUACAUACGCUUCAGGUUACAUACGCUUCAGGUUACAGACUCUGCUAACCCAGAAAUGGUACCUUGGGUUAAGAACUUUGCUUCAGGAUGAGAACAGAAACCGUGCUCCGGCGGCGCAGCAGCAGCAGGAGGCCCCAUUAGCUAAAGUGGUGCUUCAGGUUAAGAACAGUUUCAGGUUAAGAACGGACCUCCGGAAUGAAGUACUUAACCCGAGGUACCACUGUAUUAUUUGCCUGCAUGCAUUUUCUGGGCUUAAAUUUUCAUUUAGACCAUGUAUUAUUUUUACCUUAGGUCCUUUCUUGCUGCCUGUAAGACCUCCUUGCCCUGCUGCGAUUUUUUUUUACCCCACAAUGCUCCCUAACGAUCUAGCAACCCACAAGUUAUCUGGAUAUACACAGUAUUAAAAAGCUGUGUGUGUGUGUGUGUGUUUUCUGUUGUGUGUUUUCUGUCUUGCAUCCUCAAGUCUCUUUCCCCCUGCCCUCCCCAUCCCGUUUUUGCUACGGGCAGCAAGCAAACGGUUGCCACGGUAAGCAGAUUGAAGCGAGGAAUUAGCGCGGGGAAUAUCAGUAGCCUAGUUACAGAUUGCACUGCGUCAGUCUUCUCCACACCCAGAAGACAGUCAGGUGACUUAAGUCCUGCAGCAGCCGUGCAGCAGGCAAGAGACUGCAGACCUCUGCUGGAGGAAGCCCGAUGUGUCAUCUGUCGGCUGCUUUAUUUCUCCAACUGCACCCUUUCCAUUGGUAUGCAUAAUUGAUAAUCCCAGCUGGAGGGGCAGAUCCAUUGUGAAGAGAGAUGGACAGCCAGCCGAGCAAUUGGAAGGAUAAGGGUAUUUGCAGUUUUACUGUCAAUUCUUUUUAAGCUUUUAACGAUGCUGUGGGCUGCCCCCUGUACAAAAGAGGCUUAUAGUGUGCGUUUUUCUCUAGAGGAGCAGUUUUUCUAGGAAUGGGCAUGAGGGCUAAUGGCAAGGGUGGGGAGUCCUUCAGAAGAUCAGCGAUGAGGAAUAUCUAAAUAUGGGGGAGCGUGGGGCGGGGGAAGGGUCAUUUGCCUGACGCUCUGAAUGUUUUAGUGGAUUAAGCCCUGCCAUCUGACGGCACAGGACAGCUUGCCUUUGGUAUGUCCUGGUUGUACAAAUGUCAGGGCCAGCUUCCAUUUAGCUGAUGUGCUGGCUCAGAGAGAGAGAGAGAGAGAGAGGAGCUUUUCUUAUAAUAAAAAAAUCGACCCAACAAAUGCUGCUAGUGGUUAACGUAAUGUAAUUUGCUAAAUUAAUGGGCUUUCAUCUCUGGAUACAGUGCUGUCCUUUUACAAAGCAGAGUCCAGCAAUACAGUUUCAAGUCUCCCUUGUUUUCGCAGCCUCUCUCGUUCCUUGCUUUGUGACGCUAUUUUUAGUUGGUUGUCUUAAUGUUUGAUAUUGGGGGGUUGUGGGUUUCCAUGACUUACAAAACUGUUUGCCUGCCUUUUAAUUGCGAAACCGGCAUUGCCAAUCCGAAGCACGCUGGGAUAAAAUAAGUACCUAUAGUUAAAACGGUUGACCUUCGCCCCUGUAGCCGCCGUUCUUUGUAAUCUCUGUGUUGUGAAACUGUAAGAAUUUUAAGUCUGUGCUGCACAUUUAAGCUUUGGGUUGUGCCAGUAGAACAAAACAGGCUCUCUUCCCCUCCCUCCCCCCAGCUUUUAAUCCAGCUAUCCAAAACAAUACUUUUCUUAAAGGGGUUGGGUGUGCGAUGAUGGGGCAACCCAGCCAGUCUGAUACAGAGUCCAAGGUCCACAGUUGUGUGUUUCAAAAGCUUAUGUAUGUACGUUGCUUUCAGAAUUUGCUUCAGUCAUGCUCUCCCCUCCACCUCUUGAAGUGUUUGGCAUCGCCAAGUGUGGAUGGAUGCAUAUUAAGCUGUUUUAUGCAGUCAAGCUAUUGGUCCCUACAGCCCACUGUUGCUCCCUCUGUUAGGCUUUGGCACGCUCUCCCUCACAUGUGCCAAGCUUGCAGUGACCAACAAAUUGUAUAUGUGCAUGCUGUUACUUCCCUCUUGGUGACGUAUGCGAUCCCAGUCUUGGAAAGUAAGGGUUACAUUGGGUGGCGGAUUAAAAUUGCGUCGUUCUAAUGAGGUAGGAAGCUUUUGUUUUCCGUUUAAGACUUAUCCAGAGGGGUGAUUUCCCAUGCUCAGAUCCAGCGCAUAUGACACACACAAACUUCGUGGGGAUUGUGCUGAUCCUCACCAGUCCAAAUGGCAGAAGCAGGCUUAGUAAGGUCAGCAGGGUGGCGUAGCUCAGCUAAGGGGCUGCCAUUUCCCUUUUUCUCCGCGAUGCUUCCUCCUCCAUUUCUGAUUUAGUUCUGAAAUCAAGCAAGCUGCCAUCUGUAGAGAGCUUAAAGCCAACCUCCUUACCCCUUUCAGCACUUUACAAAUGUUCCCCCCCCCCUUUGACUUCCAUUGCCAUGGCCGCCAUGUUUGAAGACCAACUGAGGCCAUAGACCAGCCUUUGGCAACCUGGUGCUUUCCAGAUUUUUUUUUUUGGGGGGGUGGAAUCACAACUCCCAUCAGCCCCAGCCAGCACAGCUGAUGGGACUUGUAGUCCAAAACACAGGGAAGGGCAUCAGGUUGGCAAACACUAAGUUGGAUGGUUUGUUGACUAACAGAGGUAGCAGUGUCCUUGGUUACUACGUGGGUGAAUACCUUGCUGCAAAGAGGUAGCUUCAUCAGCUACACUAGAGAAAGGAGGAGGAUUAAAAUGGAUUAGUUUAGGCGCUUCCCAGUACAGACACACACAGGUUGCAAUGUUUCCCCACACACUCUCUCACAAGAAAGCCUUGUUGGGAAUUAAUGAAAUUCCCUUACCAGUGGUGUACAAGUCUAAAAUCAGCAGCUUAGGAUAUCCCCAUCUUUCCCCACCCCCUAAAGGAGAAGGACCCUCUUUCAAAGUUUUUUAUCAUGAGCAUUAAGACUGUCCUUUUGAUUACUUGGCUGCAUAAUUCAGAGCUGGUAUAUGGGGUGGAAACUGCCAACAUAGAAUUGUAGAAUUGUAGAGUUGGAAGUGACCACGAAGACCAUCUACUCCACCCACCUACAAUGCAGGAAUCUUUUACCCAGUGUUUUUUUCCUGGGGGGACACAGGCCUCAUUGAGAGGAAGUGUUUCAAUAUGAGUAAGAAAAGAAGAGUACCCCUAAACAUUUUUUUACAGAAAAAAAAGCACUUCUUUUACCCAGCGUUUGGCUCAAACCCAUGGCCCUGAGAUUAAGAGACUGGAUUAACACCUGGAACAAGUAAUUGUUUGAUAAAUAACAAAUAAUAGUUCUAUUGUCCUAACUCAGGGGUCUCCAAACUGUGGUCUGUGGACCACCAGUGGUGCCCAGCUUCAUUCAGGUGGCCCACAACACGCCUGUAGAUUUGUGCCUGAAGAUGAGAGAGAAGGCACACCCGCUGCGUUACAUAUUUAUAUUAAUUUUAAAUUGUAUUUUCUUGCCCCUUUUUACUGUAUUGCAUGUUUUGCAUUUAUUGCAGCUGCAAUAAAACACAGAAUGUGUAAGAAAUAAAAGAAAGCAACACAGAUACAAUGGGAACCCCUACAGCAAUUAGCACAACGCAUUGCAAUUGCUGCAAGAGGCAGAAAAUUCGAUAGGUGGUCCGCCAAGACCCUCAGUGGUCUGUCAGGUGGUCCAUGCAGAGGAGAGUUUGGAAACCAUUCCCCAUACCUGAUAUAAUUGACCCCCGCUUCUUUAAAGCUAUCAUAACCUUGAUGUCUGUAGUAGUCCUCUUUCCCUGCUCUUUAGUGCCGUGGUACCUCGGGUUAAGUACUUAAUUCGUUCCGGAGGUCCGUACUUAACCUGAAACUGUUCUUAACCUGAAGCACCACUUUAGUUAAUGGGGCCUCCUGCUGCUGUCGUGCCACUGGAGCCCGAUUUCUGUUCUUAUCCUGAAGCAAAGUUCUUAACCUGAAGCACUAUUUCUGGGUUAGCGGAGUGUGUAACCUGAAGCGUAUGUAACCUGAAGCGUAUGUAACCCGAGGUACCACUGUAGUCCUCUUCUUCCCUCUUUCUCUCACUUCCCACCAUACUCCCCCCUUCACUUCACCCCCCCCAAAGUUUCCUAAAAAGAGCUGCACUUAAUCUGGUGCAAGUGAACCUUUGGUAAAUAGCCUCUUGAAACUGAAGCCCCUGCAUGAAGGGGUUGCGAGGAAGAGGGACAUUUCUGUGUUGCGUGGAUACUCUUGUGACACCCCAGAGAUAACUUUGGAUCCAAACAGGUGUUGCACAAGCACCCCUCUCUCUCUGGCCCACAUUCCCAAGCCAAAAGUAUAUUUUUAAGAGAAGCUGGCGCUGCGCCCGAUUUCCCCAGCUGUGUUUUGUUUGGCUAAUGUUUUAGGCUUGGGUGAUAGGCGGGGGGCACCUGUCGGACAAGAUCCAAAGAGAGCAGCUUCCUCUUCUUUUCUGCCCCGAGAUGCGCCCGUGCAUCCGUGCUAUGUGCACGCAGAGCUCCACUCCCUGGCCAAAGAGGAGAAUGUGAAUUUCAAGAGCCUGCAUGCAAAAAAGCUGUAGGGCCAAAUUAGGCAUGGCAUUAAUUGGACGAAUGCCAUUAGUGUGGAGUUAUUUUUUUUUUAAAAAAAGAAAAUGUAAAUAGCUGCAUCAAGAAGCCCUUAGUUGCAUUGUUGAACUCUGCCACUCCGUUACUAUUUAUUGUCCUGACAACACCGCCCCCCCCAAUGCUAUUUUCAUUUGGAGGGAAGUCCCUAGUAUAGCCCUGCCUCUGCGCCAAGCCCCUUGCGGUGAGCCUACGCUUGGUAAUAGAGUCUGUGCUUGCACAUGGAAGGAUAUAUUCCUCCUAGGUGGAUAGAUUGCUUCUCAUGUUCUUCACCUUGAAAUUCUGGCAAUUUGCUGCACAACCGAAAAAAAUUCCUUUUUGUUUACUUAAUUUAAACAUUUAUACACGCUUUCCCAGCAAAUGGAUCCAAAGCGGUGUACAACAAAAGAACAAAAAAGGUUAUUAGCCUCUUCUUAAAACAUCAUUAUCUUCAGGUUAUUAGAAAUGAAUUAGUGACCUGUAGUAUUCUCCAGAUUCUCAAGAAGGAAAGGAGAAAAAUGUUGGUUGGUUAGCAUACCUUUCAUAGAAAUUUGCCUAUAUAUGAAGAAAAAGGACACCCCUUUUUACUGUCUUAAGAGUUACCAAAAAAAUCCUUGUUUAAAAGCUGUAAAACGUCCACUUUUCCCCAAGUGGGUUCCCAGUUCCCAUCCUGAUGCACUCUUGUCAGAUGUGGAACUCGUCCAAAAGCAAUGCUGCAAUUGCAACCCUGUAGCAAAUUAUUUGGUUCUCUUAAAUACCAUUCAGAGAACCAAACAAGAAGAAGAGCAUAUGGACGGUGUUACAACCUCUUUCUCCUCAAAUAUAUAUACCUUUUAUGUGGUUCCCCCCUGCCCUGUUUUUAAAGGAAUGCCGUUUGACUACCGUAGCUGCCUCUGUCUGAAAUCUAAAUGUAGAACGUAGCAUAUAGCUGCAAACAUAUGUUCUGCAUUCCAAGGAAUUACAGGGGAAACGGCCAUUGGACGAGGGCUUAAAAUACUGUGGUAGUCUGGGGUGUUCCUAACUGUGUAUCAGCGAGGCUGCAGGCAGUUGCAUAUAUCAGAUGACCUUUGAGUGCCCUAGCAGGAAGUGGAAAGGUUUGCUAGUCAGCUGUGCAAAAUCUGAGUGCAUGCAACCCUGGCAAGAUGGAUGCCAGAAGUGGUGAGUAUGCGUUGUGGUGUCGAGGCUUGCGUUGCUGCGAGUUCUUGCAUUUAUUGUUUGGUUUGCACUUCAAGAGACAGUGUGGUUCGGUGUGCGUUUUAUUUAAUUCUCUAGCGGAGGGGAGAAUGUUCAGGAUAGACACAGAAUCCUUAUUUGUGCAGCAGCUGCAGUUGGCAUUCCAGAGUUGUGCCGUGCUUUUUUAUUUUUUAAGGUUUUAAUAGGGAGACUGCAGAGUUCUGACCUCUCCAGACAGUUGCAUUAAAAGCACAGGAAAGAUUGUAACUGGAUGAGCUGUGUAUGCGAGGCACUGUGCUAGCACUGCUAUUUUUAGAUUCACCAAGUGACAGUCCUUGUGCUUACCAAAUGUAGUCAGACAUUUGCUUUGGAAUAGGCCUGGGCUGUUUUGUUUUGUUCUUUGAAGGGCAGAAAUUGUAGAUCCUUCACAUUUGAAAUGUGUUUGCCUCUGGGCAGGAGGCUGUUCAGAAUACCCUUCUGUGUGUGGAUACGUUUGGCUUUCAUUUUAAAAGGAAGCAAAAGGCAGUUUAUCUUGUACGUAUUACUCAAGAACUGUACCAGUUGUGACUUAGAAAAUGACUGUAGUGUUGUAAUUGUUCAAAUAAAAAAACUAAAAAAAAAAUAAAAAAUCCCAGGUUUAAAUGUUUAUGCACAGCACACACACACACAUACACACACACAGGCUUGUAUUUUGGGAUUUGUGACUUAAGCUAUAGGAGAUAAUGGCAGAAAAAACAAACCACAUAUAUAUAUAUACACACACUUACUGGUUCAAGGCACUCAGUGACUGCUUUCAGACAUAAUACUAAACCAUGGUUUCAUGUUACAGAAGUAAGCUGCAGCCAAUCUCAGGUUUCUUGCUCUUCUCCUCCCUAUCUCCCGCACAACCCAGAGGAGGAUUUUGGCAUGGACUACUUUCAGUUUCCUUUAAUCUCUGUUUGUUGCAUUAGAACCCAGGAUUGUGGUUCGUCACUAAUUAUGGUCAGUUUCAAACAAGCUAACUUCAAACUAUGGUUUCUGAAGCUGGCUUAUUGAAGGGCAACCACAGGCUGCAGCUCUUGUCAUAUAGAACUCGGCGUAGUGUUGUGUCCAAACACAGCUAUUGGCUCCCUCCGUAUUUUCCCCGAGUUAAUUUGUCGACCAGGUGUGUUUGGAAUCAGCCCUCUAAGGCAGCCAGAUGCCUGUGUUCUGGUUCUUGAGACUCCUGUUUAUAUGGCUUCCAUACAGUUAUGAGUGUAUGCAUUCCUCACUUUGCAAAAAUAAAAAGUCACCUACGACUGGGUCACCUGUCAAGGCAAAGGUGUCUUUGAGAAGGCUUUUGGUUUGCAUGCAAGCUGGUCCUAUGGUGUGUUUGCUGUUGUGGUUUAUUAUUUUUUUAAAAACUAUGUUGAGUUCAUUGGUUUGGCUUUCGUUAUACAAUUGUUUUCAGUCAUUAUUAGCAUUGGGGAGGAGUUCUAAACGUGGUGGCACAGAAACAUUUUUAAUAAACAGAAAUAAAAUACUCAGUGUGACAAAAUCCUCUAGAGAAAAUUGGACCUGUUCCUUUAAACACUGCUUAAUUUAAAUAAUGGAAUGAUUCCAAUAUUUGAGGCUUUCCUUUAACUGUAGUCCAAUGUGGUUGGGAUAUCACUGAUACUUUUACAAGUUGUCAAGAAAAACAAAACAGAAGCAUAAUUGAUGAUACUGCUGUGACACACAGAGAGCCAGCAGUGACACUCUUUCCCACUUCCUCUUUCAGUCCUAUGCACUUUGCAAGGCUCAAUUUAAUUCUACUGGGUCUGACUUUUACUCAAGAUUGUCUGGAAAAGUGUAAUGAGCCUAAGCAUGACUUCCGUUUCUCUGUUUUGGGGGUGGCCAUAGGGAGUGGUGCCUGUGGUUCAAAAAUACAAAUGUGCCCAAGGGCCUGUCCCUGGGGUACAUGAUUCCUGAAUUUAAUAUCCAGUGUGGCAUUCCAUACUAUAUUCUAUACUCGGGGGUUGCUGAACUCUGCUGUGUGCUGUUGCAGUGGAAGAGAAUAAAGUGGUAGGAAUGUUGUAUUCAAUAUACCAAAUAUGGUUUGCGGAUUUCUUUGUUACAUUUGUGUUCCACACCUCUUCCCAAGAGCCUAGAACUCUGUAUUAGCCCAUAGAACAGCCCGGCUGUGACCUCUUAGGUAGGGAAGACUACAGAGUGAGUGCCAUGACUGAAUGUGACAUUUGAACUGCAGUUUCCCCUGUCCAAGGUUCUGUUUGCCCUAACUCAUGGAGGGCUUCAUGACUUGGUGAGUGGGUUUAGACCUGGCUUUUCCCAUUUGCAAACAGAGCACCCUCUUCCUUACACCGUAUUUUUCCAUAAGGGUGUUGUCGCUAAUAUAUUUCUGUCUGCUCCUGUGAGAUAAGACCUGCUGGAAAUUGUACCCAUUGUAUUUUGGCCUUGAUGAUGGAAGCCUGUUGUGCUGGUAGGAGAGGAAAGCAGCCUUGUUCUUGAGAAAAGCAGUUUUGAAAACCCCAUCUGUACACUGCUAGUGCCAACCUGCUUAUUCCGAUUCCUGGGAACCUCAAACCCAAAUGAGCAUCACUGCACUGUGCUUGCUGCCUUCACCAAACCCAUAACAAGAGACAACUUAUAUUGCUGUGAUGGCGAGUACGUUCUCCUUCUGCUCACCUGGGGCCAAGUGGUCUCUUCCUGAAGGAGCAGGUGAGAGAGAAAUUAUACUCCACGCCUGGUGGGGGCAGCACCAACCCCAUCAGGGUUAAGGUGCCUCUUUGGCUUGUUUGUUAUCGCAGCGGCAUAUGAGGAAAAGCAAGCCCUGUACUGUUAUUCUGACUUCCACUUAAACAGGAUCUAUUAACUUUUCUGAGCCAUCGUGGUGUUCGACACCACACACGUACUAAAUUUCCGUGGGAAAAUCGCCAACGUUCGAUGCAUGAGUGUGUUUUUAUCUGUGCAUGUGUGUUAGAAGUGCAUUCAUAUAUACACUGUGUGUUUGUGUGUGGGGAAAAAAGUCGGGGCUAUAUUGCUUUGACAAUGUCUUCUAAUCUCCUUUCUCUUUAAAUCUCUCUAGUUGUUGACCUCCUUUACUGGCGAGACGUUAAGAAGACGGGCGUGGUGUUUGGAGCCAGCUUGUUCCUGCUGCUGUCAUUAACGGUGUUCAGUAUUGUGAGUGUGGUCGCGUACAUUGCCUUGGUCCUCCUGUCUGUGACCAUCAGUUUUAGGAUAUACAAGGGAGUUAUCCAGGCAGUCCAGAAGUCUGAGGAAGGCCACCCAUUUAGGUGAGUGUGUCACCCUACCCACAAUCAGUUGUCAAGGGGAGAGGAUGUGAGGUUGUACACUCCCCUCCAAGCAAGACUUUCUUUUGCCCUUACCACCACUAGUUCAUUUGUAAUACCACAUAUCCGUAGGAAUCCUUGCUUGAGGCAGCUCUCAUCAAUAACCUACAAAAUUCACUAAUGGGCGCAAGGCAUAAAACAAUGUUCAAAUAGCCAUAUAAACAAUUAACUAACCUAAACAUUUCACGUUGACAAAAUUAAGCGACCCACUGAUAAUCUCUACUGAAAAGUCCUUCUAGCUGUCCUGAUGCCCAACACUAGUUGCCAUGUACCCUUGUAGCUCAAUGCUAGAACAUCUGCUUUGCAUGCAGAAGGUCAUGGGUACAAUUCUGGGGGCUGUGAGAGAAUCCUGUCUGAAAUCCUGGAGAGGCUCUGCUAGUCAGUGUAGACAGUACAGUGGUACCUCGGGUUAAAUACUUAAUUCGUUCCGGAGGUCCGUACUUAACCUGAAACUGUUCUUAACCUGAAGCACCACUUUAGCUAAUGGGGCCUCCUGCUGCUGCCGCACUGCCAGAGCACAAUUUCUGUUCUCAUCCUGAAGCAAAGUUCUUGACCUGAAGCACUAUUUCUGGGUUAGCGGAGUCUGUAACCUGAAGCGUAUGUAACCUGAAGCGUAUGUAACCCGAGGUACCACUGUACUGAGCAAGAUGGACUAAUGAUCUUACUCCGCAUAAGGCUCCUUCCUAUGGUCUUAUGAUGAUGAUCAUCUUCUUCUUCUUUGGCGAUCACUCGUAGCCGAGUAAGAUUGUCUUCCAUAAACACGGUUUUAACAAUGAGUCUGUAAGCUUCAUUGGCUGUGCAAUCAAGGUUCGCAUGUAGAGGCACUAGGGUCUCUUAAAAAGGUAAAGGUAAAGGUACCCCUGCCCGUACGGACCAGUCUUGACAGACUCUAGGGUUGUGCGCUCAUCUCACUCUAGAGGUCGGGAGCCAGCGCUGUCCGCAGACACUUCCGGGUCACGUGGCCAGCAUGACGAAGCUGCUCCGGCAAACCGGCACCAGAGCAGCACACGGAACGCCAUUUACCUUCCCGCUAGAAAGCGGUACCUAUUUAUCUACUUGCACUUAAUUGUGCUUUCGAACUGCUAGGUGGGCAGGAGCUGGUACUGAACGUUGGGAGCUCACCCUGCCGCGGGGAUUUGAACCGACGACCAUGCGAUCGGCAAGUCCUAGGCGCUGAGGUUUUACCCACAGCGCCACCCGCGUCCCUACUAGGGUCUCUUGCUACCCCCAAAAAAGUACCUCCAGCUGUCCUCCUGCAAUUGCAAACACCUCUCUUUCACACACCAUGGUUGGCCAAGCUUGCAUUUUGCAAAGGAUAAUUAUAACAAUGUAGAGCAGGGCCAUUUAAUCCCAUUUUAAAGAUAGGGAGGUUGGGUAGUAGUGGCUUCCCUAAACCAGUCACUAGGGCCUAGCUAAACUGACUCUUGAGUGGAGAUUUCCAGCUUAGAACAAUAAUGAUAAUAUAAACUUUCUCCCACUCCUUUUCUAUUCAGGGAUAGUCUCAGUAGGCUCCCCUAUGCAUCAGUUGUGCACAUAUCUGUGAUCUUCCUUCUGCUUUGCUUUGGUGUCUUCACUGGGCUAACCAUAGUCUUGGAGCAAACGCCAAUUUGGGUUUCCCUUGGAUUGACAUUUGCUCCAACUGAGCUUUAAAGAGCAGGUUUUUGCAGGGAAAGCUCUGGAGCAAAUAAAAGCGACACUCAGAGAGCUUUAAAUUGCGGGUCAUGCCUGGAAAGAGCAGAGGAAAGGUAAGUGUGGAUAAGCCCUUGUUCCUUUUCAGUCUUCCUGGGCUUUGGCACGGAGUAGUCUUGCAGGUAGCGGCUCCUGUUGUUGUUUGAGUAAUCUUAGGUGCAUGCAGAACGCUGCCAGUUUGCUUCACUGGAGUGCCGUGAUUUUAGUGUUGGCACUGAAUUGCAGGGUUUAAAUGUUACCUAUAUGCCUUUGGAUGCCUUGGUACCUUUGAAGCCUUUGGGAAGGAUGGAGAGCAGGGCCUGAGCUGACAACCUUAAAUAGCAAUUGAAACAACGAACAGGUUGAUGAUACAACGACUACUGCAAUGGACACAAGAUAAUAUCACCAAGGCAACUAUCUGUAAACAAACACUAAACGUCCAUAAAAAAUGGCAAAAGUAGUUUCUUUCCCAAAUAGUUUUAUCUUAAACAAUUGCAGUAAAUAAAGAGUUCACUUGUCAUAUAUCAGUGGUUCAGUGCUCAUUUCUUCUCUUCCCAAAAUAUAUUUUAUCUUGAACAAUUGCAAACGCAGUAAUAAAGAGUCCACUUGUGAUAUACCAGUGCUAGGACGUCGUUCCAGUAAUCCGAUGUUUCGUUGCUAAAGAGCUUAGUCAUUGAGCUUUGUAGUAAAUUGUAUACAAGAGAAGACAGUAUGUAAAUGACUUAAAGCAGGGGUAUGUCUGUCCCCAUCUGCAUAUUUCUAUCGGGAGGAGCAUAGAAAGAGGACAAUGUUCUUCAGUUUGUUAAACCUGCCUGUGAGCAGGCAGGCUCACAGAGGAGCAGUGCCAGCACCCUGAAUUGGCCUGGAAGCAAAUGGGAAGCCUGUGCAAUUAUUUGCUUCAUUCAUGAAUCACUUCCCACAAGGCAUCUCUAAAGGAUAAAAUGGCACACAGUAUAUUAAAGCAGGCAGAAACAAUUGCAUAUAAAAACAAUAACAACUGCUAUAAAUAUUUUUUAAAAAACAGUUUAAAACAACAAUACUGAUUCAGAUCCAGAACAGUUGCCAACUGGGAUAAAGACGUUUGAAGGCUGGUUGGAAGAGGAACGUCUUCAGCUGGCACUGAAAAUAGAGAAAGAUCCUGUCUAUGUACAGUAGUUGUCACCAUGUUGGUAUUCUAUGCUUCAGCACUGGGCUUAUAUGUUAGUUGGUGUGUAAGCUGACACAUCAGCUAUUAGUUGAAUAUCUCCCCCUGUUAUGCGCAGAGGGAGAUAGCUAUGGUCAUGGUUGUUUAGUCGUUUAGUCGUGUCUGACUCUUCGUGACCCCAUGGACCAGAGCACGCCAGGCACUCCUGUCUUCCACUGCCUCCCCCAGUUUGGUCAGACUCAUGUUCGUAGCUUCGAGAACACUGUCCAACCAUCUCGUCCUCUGUCGUCCCCUUCUCCUUGUGCCCUCCAUCUUUCCCAACAUCAGGGUCUUUUCCAGGGAGUCUUCUCUUCUCAUGAGGUGGCCAAAAUAUUGGAGCCUCGGCUUCAGGAUCUGUCCUUCCAGUGAGCACUCAGGGCUGAUUUCCUUAACAAUGGAUAGGUUUGAUCUUCUUGCAGUCCAUGGGACUCUCAAGAGUCUCCUCCAGCACCAUAAUUCAAAAGCAUCAAUUCUUCGGCGAUCAGCCUUCUUUAUGGUCCAGCUCUCACUUCCUUACAUCAUCUAUGGUCAUAGAAUCAUAGAGCUAAAGAGUUGGAAGGGGCAUCUAGUCCAACCCCCUGCAAUGCAGGAAUCCCAGCUAAAGCAUCCAUGACAGAUGACCACCACCCUGCCACCCUUGCGCACACUGUGUCCCUUGGGCUGCUUGCCAUACAGCGGCUCUUCCUGAUCAACAUGCAGAUUUGCUUCUUCCCCUUCCCGGACCCUAUCUCUGGGCUGUAAAACUCUUUAGAGCAAAGGUUUAUGCUUAAGUUAUUUGUAAAGCUCCCAGCUCCAUUUUAAUGGAAGCAAUUAAAGGUUGACAGAGCAACAGAUUUACUCAAUGCUAACUUAGGAGUCUAAUCCAUUGGAAGAUGGCUUACCAGACACCUAGCUUUCUUUACAAUGCAUGCUCGUAUGUGCCCUCCUCCAAAUACCAACGGUCUUGCAGAUCUCCAUAAUAAAAAUUACGCACAUUAGUGCAAAAAAAGAAAAGAAAAGAAGAUUACUGUUUUCUUUCCUACUACUACGUUUACCCAGGUAGGUUUGGAUCCUUAGGCAUUUAUCAUAAUUUCACAAUGCACUUCAGUACAGUAAUGUUUCAUUACACUAUAUUGCAUCGGUAUGGUAUAUCAAUAAUUUCAUAAUCUUUGGCCAUUUGAGUAGCUUUGGAACCUACAUAGCCAACAUUGAACCAUCUCAAAAGCAAUGCCACCACUUUUGAAUUGGGCAGUCGUGAAACUUGCGGUAGCUUUAAAAUCAGGUACCUUUCACGACAAGAAAAGCAUUGUGCGAGCAGAAUCGGCAGAAGCUACAUGACUGUCUAAGGAGCAUCUUGAAAGCUUCAAGGAUGCCACAUUUCUGCAAAUAGGAUAAAAUGGGAGGAAUUUGACAUUGUGCUAAAGUGGUGGUUCUAUCAGGGCGAACAUUUUAGCUUGCUAAAUGCAACAAUCCCCCUCUCCUCCUGCUGCAUUCUCUCCUGGGGGUUCUCCUAACCCCCAGAGGCACUUUUGGAGGGCUGGGCUGAGCUGAAGCAUUUACUUCCCCUUUUAAAAUAUUUAAAAUAUGUUGGGCUGAUUGGCAAGAGGUUAGUGGGAUGAAAGUAGAACUUUGAGGGUUGUGAUAUUCUGGGAAGUGGGUUUGCUUAAUCCAGUGAAGCUGUGGGAGUGUUGUUGUUUUUUUGUUUCAAAACAAAGGCUCUUCUUUGGACUGAGUAGGACAUCAUCUCCAGUUAUAUCUAGCCAAAAAGACAUUUGAUUUUAGUUGCCAAGCCUGCCUUUCCAUGUGCAAAAAGGCACAGUCUUAUUUUAUUUUUUUACCUUUCAUUUACCUGCUUUAAGUGGCCAGACAUUUGCUUCUACCAUUUAAGCGCAGUUUAAUGAACUAAUUGUGCCGGUUCUUGGAAAAAUCUGGGGUUUUAAGCGUGGCAGCUUCACUGCUGUGAAUAAAUUAUGGAGCGCCUCACGCUUGGGUCUUUGUCCAUCUGUACAAUUCAUGAGCACCAUGACCUUCCCCGUCGUUUCUCCAUUGUGCUCUGGCCGAGAGCUUGGAGAGCUCGAAGAAUCUCAGGCUGCCAAGUCGAAUGUUCUGAACGGCGCUUUCUCUCUUUUAGGGCUUAUUUGGAUAAAGAUGUCGCUGUGUCUGAGGAGCUUGUGCAAAAAUACAGCCAUAUGGUACUUGGCCACUUCAACAACACAGUUAAGGAGCUCAGACGCCUCUUCCUAGUGGAUGACUUGGUGGAUUCGCUAAAGGUAAGAGACUUCCAUUAUUUUCAACCUUUCCGGAGUAUAUACUAGCAGAAGGGGAGAGAAUCUUGUCCAGGUUGCCCUGAAGGAUCAUCUAGUGUUUUCCAAAUGCAAUAAAGCAUGUGAGGCGGGCAGGGAGGUGGCUGUAUGGUUUUAGAGCAGGGAUGGCGAACUGUGCCCUUGCUUUGGAUGUUGUUGGGACUCCAGCUCCCAUCAGCUGGAGGGUGAUGGGAGUUGUAGUCUAGCAACACAUGGAGGGCAACGUUCCCCACCCACACGUUAGAGGUUCUAACGACCACCGGGGGUAUGUGGACCUAUUUGGAUUUCAGUUCCCUUGGUGUAGUGGUUAAGGGAGGUGGACUCAUAAUCUGGUGAACCAGGUUCGCUUCCCCGCUCCUCCACAUGCAGCUGCUGGGUGACCUUGGGCUAGUCACACUUCUCUGAAGUCUCUCAGCCUCACUCACCUCACAGAGUGUUGUUGUUCGGGAGGAAGGGAAAGGAGAUUGUUAGCCGCGUUGAGACUCCUUAGGGUAGUGAUAAAGCGAGAUAUCAAAUCCAAAUUCUUCUUCUUCUUCAGUAUUUAUGCCUAUUCUUAAAUUAGGCAGGCAUAUUUGAAAUUUGUUGCUUUAGAAGCAAGGUUUGUCUAUAUUAAUUGACUAUUGGGCCAGAAGCCGGCGACUUGGGAUGCUUCCAUACUAGUUAUUUAAGGUGGAACUGCCAUGGUUUGAUCACAGUUUGGGUGGGCACCCACCCAACAGCAUCAUCUAGUUUUUUUGAUAUUUGUCUUCCAUCGGAAUUCCUCGUCCCAUCUUUAUCCUUCCCAGUUGAGGAAGGCUGCUUUUUAAAAGGGCCUUCUCUUCUGCCUUUUUAAAAGGGCGAAUUUUGGACCUGUCACAGGUCAACACACAUUCAUUAUAAAAUUUGUGACUGGUGCCAUUUCAUGACCAUGAUUUUGACUUUUAAUCCUUUCAUUAUUGCUAAAAACACUUCCCCAGCUAUUAAAAAAAAAAAGAUAUUCAGCACCAUAAUGCUCUAAUGUUUGUGGUUUAAUUAUUCCCACUUUACAGUGUUAUGGUGUUUGAACUCCAUUGCACCAUAAUACCGAAACUGGCAUAAUAGCAUUAUGGCGUUACAAGGCUUUCAUUAAAGAAAAGUUACAGCUGGAAAAGGAUUUCAGCAAUUUGAAGCAUUGGCUUUUAAAAAUGUAUGGGGGUCAUUAAAAAUGGCACCCACCAAAAAACGUUGUGAAUGUGUGUUGUACUUCAGAUGGCCCCCACCCAUGGAUUCUGUGCAGACAGUAUACAAUGUUGUAAACAUUGACAAAGCAUAAUACUUCCAAUAGAAUAAAAGUCUUUGAUCCAACUGGCAAAAGAGGAAGAAGAAACCCUCUGAUAUGAAAAAUUAAUUUCAACUGUCAGUAAAGUCUUCAUUCUUGCCCUGAACAAGGGAAUAUUCCACAGUUCCUUUCCAGCUCAUUGAUUUAGCAUUCUGCCGUUCUUUCAUGCUUCAAAAGACUUGCAUAACCACGUAGGUUUAUAUGAAGUGGAGCACGUAGGAAGUGCUUCUGAAAUAGAAGACAGCUUGGAUAUUUUCUUUACCCAUCUAAAACCAUGAUUGGUUUUAGAUCUAGGCUAGAGUAGCUGAUACCGUAGGGCUGUGGACGUGACACCUUUAAUAUUUAACCACUUAAUCAUGCUACUUUCAUUUUCCAUCUGCAAAAAUGCCACCUUAGAGUGCACUUAAAUGCCACUUUACAACUUCUUGCUACUGGAUAAUUCCAGUUGAGAGGCUGGUGAUCUGAGCAAAGUUUUCCAGUUUUGGUAUAGCCACUUCUAUGGGAGUCGUCAACAGCCCUGGAGGAGGAUCAACUGUCUCCUUAUCAGAAGAUCUGAGUUACUACCUGACACUGUUGAUUGACUGAAGCCUAUCUGUUUGGCUUUACUGACUUACAGAAUUUGCUCACUGGUGACUUUGGGGUGUUGAAAUUUCAACUCCCUGACUUGGUUCAAUUGCUGGUGUUGCCUUAGCAAGAUACAAGUCAGUGUCCUCUCUUGCUCUGUUGAAUGCUUUCUCCCAGCAGUCAGCAGCAUAAAGCAAGAUUGAAGCAACCCAUUCCUAAAAUGUAAAAGGAAAUUGCUGAAGGAUGGUUCUGUGGAACUCAAGAUGAGUUGGAACAAAAUAAAACCUUUAGCAUCGUUUUGUUCUCCCCACUGCAGUUGUUUGAGGCUUAAGAACACCAGAGGAAUCCUGCUGUAUAAGACCAGAUAUCUGUCUACUCUAGCAUUCCAGGUCAGGGAUGGUCAACAUGGUAUCCUCCAGAUGUUGCUUGACUACAUUGACCAUUGGCCGUGCUAGCUGGAGCUGACGGGAUGGGUGGCGCUGUGGGUUAAACCACAGAGCCUAGGGCUUGCUGAUCAGAAGGUCUGCGGUUUGAAUCCCCGCAACGGGGUGAGCUCCCGUUGCUCAGUCCCAGCUCCUGCCAACCUAGCAGUUCGAAAGCACGUCAAAGUGCAAGUAGAUAAAUAGGCACUGCUCCAGCGGGAAGGUAAACGGCGUUUCCAUGCGCUGCUCUGGUUCGCCAGGAGCGGCUUAGUCAUGCUGGCCACAUGACCCGAAGCUGUACACCAGUAUAGUGAGAUGAGCGUCGCAACCCCAGAGUCGGUCACGACUGGACCUAAUGGUCAGGGGUCCCUUUACCUUUUAACAUCUGGAAAGCCAUCAACCCAAAGUUGAUUUAGAAUCUUUUCGCACUGAGGUGCAUAUUGUGUGUGUUUUUUCCCCACAAAGGGAAGAAGGUAUUUCUCUGAAGUGUGUGGAGUUUUUUUAUUAAUGACUUUUGGAUGAGCUUUCUCUGUGGUUUGCAGUAUCUUUGGCAUCCCACCUCCUUCUGGGGAAAGGCCUGCAGUCAGCCAUAUUUAAAAUGCCAAAGAGGGAGUGGAAACUGCCCCAUUCCUUAAAUUUGGAAACUCAGACAGCCUAGGAGAUGCCAGUCACAUGUGCUGGAGGGACUGCUCAACAGUUUCCCAAUACCAUUUGCCAGGUGAUGAUGGCAGAUCAAAAGAACUCCCAGCUAUGCAGCGAUGGCAAAGUAGACUUUUGAGGAGCAGGAGGUUUGUUGAAAAGUUUUCAGUCAUACUGUGAUUUUAUCAAGCUCUGCUGUAGCGAUUGCAGCACAGUAUAAAUUCGCCAAAACAUAAGGCCCAGCCAGUCGUAUUCUGCCACAGGACUCGCUCCUAUCUUUAGUAUCUUCAAACUGUGUUGAGGGGUCAGCUGUUCAGUGUUGGGUUUGGGGUUGAUUAUUUUUCUUGCUAAAUAUAGUAGGAGUCACUAAAGGAGGCAUAUAAGAGAUCACAUAUUGGUUUACCACAGCCUUUCUCAACCUUGGGUCCCCAGAUGUUGUUGGACUACAACUCCCAUCAUCCCGGGCCACUGGUCCUGGUUGCUAGGGAUGGUGGGAGUUGUAGUCCAACACCAUCCAGGGACUCAAGGUUGAGAGAGGCUGGUUUAAUGCCAUUUAGCCCAAUAUGACAGGAUUAAAAGCCUUAGGUGCAAGGGCCAAAUGUGCUCCUCCAUGACGUUUGGUCUGGCCCUUGGAAUUCUCCCCGGGUUACACUCCUCAUGGCUUUGCUACACACCCUCACUUGCCUAGCUGGAAACUCUGGAAAUGCCUCUUUCUUGUUGGCGGAAGAUGGGGGGGGGUGUUGGGGGUGUCUGCUUCCUGUAGUGGCCCCCAUGCUCUUGGCUAACUAUAUGGCAGAGCCAUAUGGGCAGGGAUGAUUCUGUGUUGUCAUGAGUUCAUGUAACUGAGCCUGCCUGGUGGACUGACUUUCAUGUAAGAUGCACCCUGUCCUAUCUCAGAAGAAUUCUUGCUUAAGCUUACAGCCUUAAAAAGACAUACAAGGGCCCUUGCCUGGAAAGAGAUUUAGGUAUCUAAUCUGAGCCUUAACAUCUGCUAAGACUUGCAGCCGGUUCUGAGAUAGGCCAGAGUACUGCAGAAACAGCCCUUUGCCCAUAGUUGCUGUAUAAGUAAGACUUCUAUGCAGUUUCUGAAAUAGGGGUUGAUUUUUUAAAACAACAACAACUCCCUAGUGGCUCUUAAGCAAUGUGAUGAGCAGCCACGUUGCAGGGAAGGCAAGGUUUCUAACCCUUUGGAGGAAAAAGCAAGCUUAUGCACCAGAAAAUGUAUUGUUAUGGAUGUGCGGAAUGACCUGGCCUUGUCAACAACUGCAACAACUGUAGGCCUCAGAUUGUAGUAUACAUGCCGGGGGUAGGGAACCUCAGGCUCUGUGCUUGUGUGAACAAGUGAUUGUAGCCCUCCAGGACUGUCUAACCUCACUGGCCUUUCUCCACACACUCCUUGAGUGCUUUUGUCUACCUGGAAUGUGGCCUUGAAGAAUGGAAAGGGCUACGUGUAAAAGCUCUGGUGUUUCUGUGACUGGAAUGCAUCCUUCUAUGCCAAGGAGUUUUCAUGCAUUCCCUCCUUUUGCAUCUGGCCACACCUUCUUUCCCCUUUUGCUGACAUGUGGCCUCUGCAAGGUUGUCCGUGAUGAUGAUGAUGAUAAUAAUAAUAAUAAUAAUAAUAAUAAUAAUAAUAAUAAUAAUUUAUUAUUUAUACCCCGCCCAUCUGGCUGAGUUUACCCAGCCACUCUGGGCGGAUCCCAAUCAAGUGUUAAAAACAGUACAGCAUUAAAUAUUAAAAACUUCCCUAAAGGGCUGACUUCAGAUGUCUUUUAAAGAUAAGAUAGCUGCUUAUUUCCUUCACAUCUGAAGGGCGUUCCACAGGGCGGGCGCCACUACCAAGAAGGCCCUCUUGUCUGGUUCCCUGUAACCUCACUUCUCGCAAUGAGGGAACCACCAGAAGGCCCUCGGCGCUGGACCUCAGUGUCCGGGCUGAAUGAUGCGGGUGGAGACGCUCCUUCAGGUAUACAGGUAACAUGGUAUUCAGGUAACAUGGCCCUCAGCCCGAGAAGGGUUCCCUUUGCCUGAUAAAUGCCACCAAGCAUUUUCUGCUGCAUUUUCUUGUCGGUGCUUCCCAGGGUGCUGUGUACGCCAUGCUUUUAAGUCAAAAGUACUGUGCCAAGGCAAGAAUGCAUAAUCUUAAAUCUACAUAGAAGCCUCUCCCAGCAGCCCCAGAUUGCAUGCAGUGGUCAGAGAUGAAGGGAGGUGCAGACCAGCAGCAUCUACAGGGCCACAGGUGUACUGCUGCUGGCUUAAGCGUUCAGCAGGAGCCUCUGUUGCAGGUGUUGCAGCCAGUGGAAGAGGAAAAGGGGUAUUAACUGGAGAUGGGCCUUUGGGUUGCUGGCUCUUUGUCACCAGUCCCAGGAGGAUCCAUUUAAUAGUGACAUUACCAGCAUUGCAGGUGCCAAGCGAAAGCUUCUUUAUAUUCUCCUUGGGCAGUGCUUCUCAAACUUGGGUCCCCAAGUUUGUUGUUGGACCACAAUUCCCAUUAUCCCUAGCUUGCAGGACCAGUGGUCAGGGGUGCUGGGAGUCCAGGAACAACUGGAGACCCAAGUUUUUUUAGGGGGGGGGAGGGACUCAGGAUACCUUUGGUUAACCAAGGGUCACAAGCAAGGGUUUCUUAAAAGGUAAAGGGACCCCCUACCAUUAGGUCCAGUCGUGACCAACUCUGGGGUUGCGGCGCUCAUCUAGCUUUAUUGGCCAAGGGAGCCAGCGUACAGCUUCCAGGUCAUGUGGCCAGCAUGACUAGGCCACUUCUAGUGAACCGGAGCAGUGCACAGAAAUGCUGUUUACCUUCCUGCCGGAGUGGUACCUAUUUAUCUACUUGCACUUUGACGUGCUUUCGAACUGCUAGAUUGGCCAAGAGCAGGGACCGAGCAACGGGAGCUCACCCCGUCGCGGGGAUUCGAACCGCUGACCUUCUGAUCGGCAAGUCCUAGGCUCUGUGGUUUAACCCACAGUGCCACCCGCGUCCCAGGGGUUUCUUAGAAUGCAAGAAUGAGAAAUACAGGGUGUAGGGGAAAACAGUGCCAUUGAGUCUUUGGAUAAACUCUUGCUAAUUUGCCAUUUUUUACUACUUUUUAAAUGCAUUGCUGAACUUUUUUUUUUUUUAAUUACCGCAUUUUUCGCUCUAUAACACGCACUCGACCAUAACACGCACGUAGUUUUUAGAGGAGGAAAAUCCGUAGGCAUGCCACCCGUAGGCAUUCCCUCCAUAACACGCACAGACAUUUCCCCUUACUUUUUAGGAGGAAAAAAAGUGAGUGUUAUGGUGCAAAAAAUACGGUAACUCAGUUCAUAGUUAUCUCUUAGAGGCUUGUAACCUACUUCGAACAUUAUCCAAUAAAAAAGAAAACCCAGCCCAAGUAAUAAAUACAUCUAAGUAAAUGAUUGUGCAAAUGUACCCUUAGUCAUUUUGUUCAGAGAGCCCUUCCCCUACUGAACGUUUUGCCCUCAGAUUAGCAGUGGGAAUCAGCUGACCUGGGAACUCUCACCCACCACCCCACAUGCAACACAUUAGUGAUUCAGCACUUCCAGCUCACACACCCACACCCCUGCCCUUCUUACUUGGCAAGUAGAUCUUAAACCCUCAGGGAACUAGUAGGGCUCUAUCUCAUCCCGGGACACGUUGGUCUCGUUCCCUUAUUUCUCAUGUUACAUUUGGAAUAGUAAAGGUGAUUCUCCCCCACCUCCUCCAGUUUCACGGGGUUGGGGUUUCGGGUUUGCAAUUAACUAGUUGCUUAGGAAAGGUAAACAUUUUGCUUCCGAAGGAGGAGGGCCCUCCUUGCUUCCUCUCUCAAGUCCUAAAGAGCCACCAGUUCCUUGAGAAGAGAGACCACAGACCAAGUUGUUUCUCAAGUUCAGUCCCUGGUGAGCUGGGCAGAAAGGAUGUCAAGUUAGCAGGACCAAAAGAGACUCAACACACUGCUGUAUACCAAGCCAGACCACUCGUCCAUCUUGCUUAGCGUUGUCUGAACUGAAUGGCAGCAGCUCUCCAGGGUUCCAGGCAGGGCUCUCUCCCAGCCUUACCCGCAGGUGCCAGGGAACGUCUACAUGCAAAGCAGAUGUUCUACCAUGGAUCAUGCCUCUUCCCCAGCUCCCUGCCUGAAAUAAUGGAGAGCUGCUGGGCUGGAUGGACUGGUGCUUUGACACAGCAAGUGGGAACUGUGCACACCCAAAGCUCUGCAGUUAAAGAUUUUGCAAAGCUGCUUCCCCUCUUCUAGACUUAAGACCAGAGAUGGGGAGCCUGUGGCUCUCCAAGUGCUACUGGACUCCAACUCUCAUCCGCUCCCUACCGAUGAAAGAAGAAUGAAGUUGAUGGACUACUGUCUUGUAGUUUGGAUUCAUUGCUCCGUGCUGCUCCAGAGAAGCGGACACGGAGCAAUGGAUCCAAACUACAAGAAAGAAGAUUCCACCUAAACAUUAGGAAGAACUUCCUGACAGUGAGAGCUGUUCGACAGUGGAAUUUGCUGCCAAGGAGUGUGGUGGAGUCUCCUUCUUUGGAGGUCUUUAAGCAGAGGCUUGACAACCAUAUGUCAGGAGUGCUCUGAUGGUGUUUCCUGCUUGGCAGGGGGUUGGACUCGAUGGCCCUUGUGGUCUCUUCCAACUCUAUGAUUCUAUGAUUCUAUGACUAUGCAGAAUUAGAUAAAUUAACAGGAAGGAUUCGAAACCUGCGAGAUCAGAGAUUCUUAGAAGACUGGAGUAAAUAUAUGUACUAUUUGAAAAGUAAUUGUGAUGAACAGAUUACGCUAGCAGGACUGCAAGAAGUUUUGUAAGGUGGAUUAUUUGAAAUAUUGCAAGAAAGACUAUGAAGAGAAUUAUUAGUUAAGGACAAUUAAAUGUAAUGCAGAAAUUAAGAAAUGCAGAAUAAGUGAUAAAGAACGGAAAAUCAUCAGAGGUGUUGAAGUUAUGUUGUAUGACUGUUGGAACUGAUAUGUAAAAAAAUUAAUAAAAAUGUGUGUGUGUGUGUGCACACACACUCAUCAGCCCCCAGCCAGCACAGCUAAUAACCAGGGAUAGCACGAACUGUAGUCUAGAGUCAACUGGAGGACCACAGGUUGGCCGCUACUACUGAAGACAACCUUAACCCCACUCCCCCCAUUAGCACUAGGUCACAAAGAACCAAGGCAGCCUUAAUGGCUGCCACCAUCUAAUUUCUAUGUUCUGGGAACAGAAGCUUACAGGGUCUGGGAAGCGGAAUGCAAGGAAGGAGGCUGCAGUGGGUGGUGGUGGAGAGAACAAAGGUUUUGUCCUACGUCUGUGGUUUUCAACCCGUGUGCCAUGGCACCCUGGGCUGCCUUGAAUGAUGGCCAGGGGUGCCAUGGGCAACACUGGCCUCUGUCCCUCUUUCCUUCCCUCCCUCCAUCGGCCUCCAAAUUCAAUCCACCAGUCUCUGAAUAGAGCUGUGCAACCCUCCCAAAGGCUUGCACAGCUGUUGGUUGCAGCAGCGCUGGCUGCAAGCUCCCCAGGUGAAUGAUGCCUCUGGUGCUGGGCAAGGGGUGCUACCCAGGCCCUGGUGGGGCCCUGUGUGGAGGCACAUCUCUUUGGGGCAAGUGGGGCAGCUCAGAGACCAGAGGCGGCAGCUGCAGACUCCCAAUGAGAGGGGAGAGGAGAGGUGGCUGGGUGAACCCUUCACAAGGCAGGGUGUUCGGAAAAGGGUGAAGGGCUGCCGGCUCUGCAGGCACGGGGUGACGCAGCUGGGCUCCUGAGGCUCACAAGGGUGCCACAGAAAGAAUGUAGUUGGUCAAGGGAGCCGUGGACCCAAAAAGGUUGAAAGCCUCUGCCCUAUGUAAUAUAUAUCAACCUUGCUUGCUGCUUGGAGGGUAUCUUGCUAACGAAACAUUCCCUGUGUGGUAUGAGCAGCUCGCAGCGACCUUAAGUGCAUGGAAGUAGCAUAGGGAAGUUUCUAAUGUGUUGUGGUUUGCUUUGGGUUUUAUGAUUUGGUGGAAGCCGCCCAGAGUGGCAACCCAGUCAGAUGAGUGGCAUAUAAAUAAAUUACUAUUAUUAUUAUUACUAUUAGCCCUAAAUCUAAUGGCAGAAGGCCUGUCUCAUUGCUUGUACUUGAACCUCUUCUGUGGUCGACACGGCCACACAAACCACAGGGAGAUGGAGCAGACCUGAAAUCCUAUGAGACACUUCGUCAUUCUCAGCACGGCCAGGGGACCUCAAAGCUAGUCUGUGGGAUCCCAUUACAAGUCCUUUUGGCUAUAAUUAUCUCUGACAUACGGAGGCUGGAGCGCUGCCUUUUCGCUGCCUGAUCUUUCCAUGCUGCCUUCAGAUAAGUCCUUCUAGUGAAGGCCACCUAAAGAGUCGGAACAAACGCCAGAUUGCCACGGGAGAUGCUGCUGCUGCGAGUGACAUUUCCAUGUCAACUUCCCCCAUUUUCCACAUGCAAGGCUUUAGAAUGGCUUACACUUCUAGCGGAUCCCAUCACUUGGGGAGUCUCCAGCCACUCCCACCCCCAUACCUCACAUAGCGGCCAGCCCGUGGCAACUGCAAAGCCUGCUUGAGCUCUAAUAAAUGGUCCACAUUCUGCAUUCCUACUCAGCUUUCUCUUUUUUCUUCCAGUUUGCCGUGUUGAUGUGGGUGUUCACCUACGUUGGUGCCUUGUUCAAUGGUCUGACAUUGCUGAUACUGGGUAAGUCGGCUCUCUAUACUACGUUGCACCAAAUAACAUGCAAAGCAUUUUUGAGAAAAGCGGUACGUCGUCGCAAUUUUGGUGUCACGGCACAUCAUGAUGCCGAGGCGUCAGAGCAAAUCGGCAAAGGCUGCAGAGUUUUUGUGGGGAAAGUCGUAGAAACGCCAUGUUUUAAUCUGUAGGGUUUGCAGAGGAGGGCUGGUUCCAUUGCUUUUGACUUGAUCACAGUCAUUUGCUUGAUAUGCCAAUAGUAGCAAUCAGGAUCAGUAUUCCUACAGGGCAAAGUAAGGGGAAGGCUGCAGCUCAGUGGCAGAGCAUCCGCUUUGCAUCCAGAAGGUCACCGGUUCAAUCCCCGGCAUAGACCUGCAGGUAUAGGGCAGUAUAUAAAUUCAACCCAUCAGUCUCUUAAUAGAGCUGUGCAAGAUUCUUUGCCUGAAAUCUUGAAGAGCUGCAGCCAGCCAUGGCAGAUGAUACUGAGCUAUGGUCUGUAUGGUCUGAGCUAAGGCAACUUCAUAGAAGGAACCACAAAAUACCAUCUCUUCCAACCCCUGCAACGCAGGAAUCUUGCAUGGCCCUGAGAUUCAGAGUCUCGUGCUCUACCGACUGAGCUAUCUUAAGUACCUCAGGUGAGUGCAUAGGUGUCUGGAUGAUGUAUUUGGGGACCUUGCUUUGCUUGUCCAGCUCAGCAUCACAUGCUCAGUCAUUGUUUGGGGGCAUUGCACCCCAUACUCACAGAAUGCAGAGACUGCUGUCUGUUGCAAGGGCUAUUUGCAGCAGCCUCGUAUUUUUGUUUAGCCUGGAUUCGCACACCUUACUUUAGGGGUCAGCAACCUUUUUCAGCCGUGGGCCAGUCCACCAUCCCUCAGACCAUGUGGAGGGCCAGACUAUAUUUUUUUGGGGAGAAAUGAACGAAUUCCUAUGCCCCACAAAUAACCUAGUAAAAGGUAAAGGGACCCCUGACCAUUAGGUCCAGUCGUGGCCGACUUUGGGGUUGCAGCGCUCAUCUCGCUUUAUUGGCCGAGGGAGCCGGCAUAUAGCUUCCGGGUCAUGUGGCCAGCAUGACUAAGCCGCUUCUGGCGAACCAGAGCAGCGCACGGAAACACCAUUUACCUUCCCGCCGGAGUGGUACCUAUUUAUCCACUUGCACUUUGACGUGCUUUUGAACUGCUAGGUUGGCAGGAGCAGGGACCGAGCAGCGGGGAUUCGAACCACCAACCUUCUGAUCGGCAAGUCCUAGGCUCUGUGGUGUAACCCACAGUGCCACCCGCGUCCCUUUAAAUAACCCAGAGAUGCAUUUUAAAUAAAAGCACACAUUCUACUCAAGUAAAAACACAAGGCAGGCCCCACAAAUAACCCAGAGAUGCAUUUUAAAUAAAAGGACACAUUCUGCUUAUGUAAAAAUAUGCUGAUUCCUGGACCGUCCGCGGGCCGGAUUGAGAAGGCGAUUGGGACGCAUCUGGCCCCCGGGCCUUAGUUUGCCUAUCCCUGCCUUACUUGAUCUUUUCUGCAUCCCUGUAUUUGCAUACACUUACGGAUGUUUCUUGUGUUUUGUUUUCCCCUGCAUCCCAUUCCAGCUCUGAUUUCGCUCUUCAGUAUUCCUAUUAUUUAUGAAAAGCACCAGGUGAGUGUACGGUGUGGCGCGUAUUCCCUGACAAUUCUGCCAAAAAUGUGAUGGUUAAUUGGGAUUAUUAAAAGUUGUGUACUGAAAAAGAUUUGAGAGAGCUCUGCAGAACACAAUCCCACCUCUUCUCCUGUUGAUCUACUUAGCUGCUGCUGUUCCUAGUGCUCAGCUGGGGUUAUGUAAGUCCCUGGAGGGUGUUCCUCUUAAGCUGACUUGGCAGGCUUUCCUGGUUGAGAAACUACUUUGGAGCUGAUCAACUCCAAAUGACCUGCUUUAGAGACCCUGGGAGGCAGAGAGCUAGACUGGAGGGGGGCAAGACUUUCAGAGAACAGGCUAGCAAAAAGAGCAGAGCACCAUUUCAAGUAAACAGAUAGUGGGUCCCCUCUGCCCCCAUAUAUGGAUAAAUUCCUCCUAGACCAUCUUCAACUGUAGGGUUGCCACAUUUCAAAAAUUGGAAAUUCAGACACAAAAGUUGUUGAGCCCUGUUCAACAGUGCCGUCAAAUUUAUAUUUUGCUCGGUGGGCCUACAAGGAAGCUUGACAGAUAUAAACUUACAGGCAUCCUCUGCCAGACACUGAAAAUUGUAUUAAAUUUGCCUUAAUUUGUGGCUGAUUUGGUAAAACUGGGGAAAUGAAUAAAAAUGAUUUGGGGGCGGAGGGGGAAAGGCACUGAAGAUUCUGCAAAUCUUUAAAACAUCACUAAUCCUAUACUAAAUAAAAAGCCUUGCACAGUUCUGAAAUAGAUACACAUACAGAAGACAUGAACUACUCUCAAGGCCUAGUGGAAUAGGGAUCAAUGUUCCUUUUUUGUUAGGGUGGCGGGAAACCUCUGUCCCUGGUUAUGGGGGGAAUGUUGAGCAGAAAGUAAGUGUUAAUACAUGGUGAUUUCCUGUGUUAUUGAAAUGGUAAUUCAUCCUUGUGUCUUUACUUGCCAGGUUCAAAUUGACCAUUACCUGGGACUUGUGAACAAGAAUGUCAAAGAUGCAGUGGCAAAGUGAGCAUAUAGAAUUUUGAAGAUAAUUUUAAAGUAGCUGAUACCUUUCAAUAUUAUUUUUAGUGGGAGAUUACAUGUGCAUGUGCGCGCACACCUCUUUCAAGGCCCUGUAAUCUGGAAUGCUCUCCCCAGGGGAGUUUUCAUUGUCUGUUUUUAGGUAGAAGCGUUUUUAUUUACUCAAGACUUUAGAGUUUAACUCUCUGCUUAUUUUUUAAAAACGGGGGGGGGGGAGGGUGUUGAGUUAGAUUUGCACUUUCAGACAUAUUACUGUAUUUUCGCUUGUUUUUCUUUUUCUUUUUAAUCUUUGUUUUUGUAAGUCACUAUGGGGAGGGAGCAACUGAUAAAUACAAUAAUCUCACACAGCAGAGAGAUGAAUGUGAGCUGAAUGAGCAUAUUAAACUUGUGCUUCUUGUAAUUUUCAAAACUACCAUCUAUGGAUGACUUAUCACUCUAUUUGAGGUUGCAAAGAAAAGUAUUUUCAGGUCAAAACUGAAAUUCACUAGAGCCUCUGGGUUUCUGUGUGACCUCUCUCUCUCUCUCUCCCUCUCUCGUCUCUCCCUCUGUUCUUCUGCUUCUGUUCUCCUUGAUCAGGCACCCCCAAACUCAACCCUCCAGAUGUUUUGCCACUCCAACUCACAUCAUCCCUAGCUAACAGGACCAGUGGUCAGGGAUGAUGGGAAUUGUAGUCCCAAAACAUCUGGAGGGCCGAGUUUAGGGGUGCCUGUCCUUGAUGGUCAGCACCCCAGUCUCUUUGCUCUGCAGCCUCUUUGUCCGCUUGCACUUUUUACACUGGACUACUUAGGUUGAUUUGUUUUUUAUAUAAAAAAUACUCGUACACCGCAAUUUGAUAAAAUUUGAAAAUCAAAGUGGUUUGCAGUAGCCACUGUACAAUAAAAAACGUGCAGAUUUAAAAUCGGAGCUCAUCAGCUAACUAUUGCAGAAAAAUGCUUUCUUAACUGGCAGGAUAAUUCUCUCUUUAAAAAAAAAAAUUAUUUUUUACAUAAAAUUUCCAAAAAAACAUACAACAUAUUUUCUUAUCUUAUUCAGUGUUUUGGACUUCCAUCAGCCACAUUUGAAGAUUUUUCACUCUUUAUCACUUAAUCUGCAUUUCAUUAAUUUCACUAUUACUUUUAAUAGUCCUUCACUAAUAAUUCUCUUCAUACUUUUCUCUGCAAUAUUUCACAUAGUCCUCCUUACAAAACUUCUUGCAAUCCUACUAGCGUAAUCUCUUGAUUACAAUUGCUUUUCAAAUAAUUGACAUAUUUACUCCAGUCCUCUGAGAAUCUCUGAUCCCACAGGUUUCGAAUCCUUCCUGUCAUCUUGUCUAAUUCUGCAUAGUCCAUUAGUUUCGUCUGCCAUUCCUCUUUCGUCGGUAAUUCUUCUUGUUUCCAUUUCUGUGCCAGUAGUACUCUAACUGGCAGGAUAAUUCUCAGCCAUCAUUUAAAAGUUAAAACAGGAGAUGCAUGUUGAAUUUCUGUUGGGAGAGCAUUCCACACAGCUGGACCAAUGCCACUUAAAGGCUUGGUUUUAUGUCGAAUGUGCUUCACCGACUCUGGGGGAUUAUGGGGUAUCGGGGAAGGCAGGAGGCAUAACAUUUAAAACGCCUUGUUUUUGUUUCUUUGCAGGAUCCAAGCUAAAAUCCCCGGGGUGAAACGCAAAGCCGAAUGAAAAACCUAAAGCAACUUUUAUUAAAAAUAGGAGUUCAUCUUUUAAGUGGGGAAGGGGAGGCAUAUUCAUUUGGAUUACGUGGGGAGGGUCAGGGAAUAGCAAAACCUUGACAUUGCAGUGCAAUUUCACAGAUCUUUAUUUUUUAGCAACGCAGUGUUUUGAGGCCGGGGGAAAUAACCUGUUCUUGACUCCCUGUUCUUGACUGCCAUGUGUGUUCAUCAUAAGUAUUGUAAGCUGCUAUGUAUGGAUUUAAACCUAAUCCUCUUUUGCUUCUCCCGUGUGCAGCACUGGUUAACAUAACAGACUGGAGAGCUGUACAUUUUAUGCUUCAGCCAAGGUAGUCUUGCUGCGUUUCGAGUCAGCGCAGUGCCGCUGGAGUGCAGGGAGAGCAUUUCAGUUUAGCACUGUCUCUGGUCUGUGUAGGUUGAUUGCAGAUUUUCUUUUAAAAAAAAGAGAGAGAUGUGUAGAAGAAUAUGCCAUUAAAGCAAGCUUAAAAAGCCUUGCCCGUUUGGUAUCGAGUGUAGCCGUAUUGUGCUUUUUAAUUUUACUGUUUUAUCAAUUGCCAAUAUAAAAGUUAUAUAAAUAUAUAUAUAUAGUGUUUCACAGCAGCUUAGGAUGUCCAGCUCCUCCACAGUGCUUGGAAUAUCAGAGAACGGAACUGGGUUUUGUUUUGGGUUUUGUUUUAGCUCCAUUUAGCUUAAAUCUUCAGGAAAAAAAACACUAGCAUCUAUUAAAGAAAGAAAACACCCAACUCUUCUUGCACAUUACACAGUUUUCCACCAUAACUUUUGCUGCACAAACCUCCUAUAGUCUAUUUUGAGUAAAUAAGUUUACAGCCUCUCAAAACUCUGGAUCUGUGGAAGGAAUUUCUGAAGGUGUGACUCCCAAGAUCCUUGCGAGGCACUGGCAAGGAGUACCCAGCAUGCUUGUUCUCCAAUGUGCUCGGAAUCCUCAGCGCCUGUGCAUGGGUCAGCGGGUUGUGCCCCGAUGCUGCAAAUGUCGUUUGGAAAUUUCGAACCUUGUGAAUGCAAGAAAUUGCAAAUGAAAAAAAAAUGUAUACACUUGCGGUUCAAGCUGUAUUAAACUAAGUCUGUGGAAUGCAUUGUGAAAUGUAAAAACAAAACAAUUUGAGUAUCAAUAAAGCGUAUAGACUUAAAUGG